AUGGCAGCAAACAUGUACCGGGUUGGAGGUAAGGCUGGGUGGGGGGCUAACAUUGUAAAACCUUGGCUGUGGUCUGUUUUUUUAUGGCGGACUCGCUACGAUUCGCCACUAGUCUUCUUUUUGAAUUUACAGAGCGUGGUCCGUCUUUCCUUCUCUUCUAUUAUUUCCCUAAAGCUAAGAGCCCUGUGCUUCACAGAUGAUGAUGAUGGUGACUGUGUGAAGAGGAGGAUGGUGAUGAAGAGUAGUGGUUCGCUUAUUGAAACCGCUGCUUGAUUUCCCUCGUUUCUUUUGUGUUGGUUGCAACUUGCGGUGAUCCUCAAAACAACUAACUUCAAUAUCCCAAUGCACGUAAAGUAACAUGCAUUGUGUUUCCAUAGAUUUAAGGUACAACGGCGAACUUAGACUAGAAGUUGUGCGUGCUAUUUAACUAUUGCACUGCUACUCUUUUAUAAUGACAACUAAGGUUAUCACUAAACCAUCUACCUGUGUGAAAGCCUUAACAGACUUGAAGGGAGGCAGCAGACAGAUACUUAAACAGAGAAAGUGCAGAGAAAGGUGUCUGGAUACGGAAAGUUACCUCUAAGUUUCAGGAGCUGGAAUUACAAAUUGUCUUUUUGGUUGACCAUGUAGUUUUAUAACCUCAUUUUGGAUUAAUUUCUUAAUUUGUACAGGCAUUUCCACCAGUUAGCCAACCUCAUCUUCUUUCAGUAGAUCUAGGUUUCUGUUUCCUUCUUGAACUCUUUCCUGAUGUGAAUCUUGUCCUGUAGGUUUUGAGUCAAAAUAGGCAAAUAUUGUAACACAAAAAUCACUUAAGAAACAUUAAAUUGCAUAUUAUUGGCAUUUUAUUGGGAUUAAACUAAUUUUUCUUUUAAAUUUGAUAGUAAAAAACACUCAGGCGGCCACAUUAACAUAAGCAAUGACAGAUAGAGUAUAGAAAGCAGGUGUAACUCCUCUAAGGAUCCUUAUUGACUUCCAAGCUCAUAUUUCAAUUUAUGCUUCUAGUAACUGUCUCAUGUUUUCCUUGAUGUGAUUAUGCAGCCAAAUUGCAUACAAUAUUUAACUGAGCGAGCAACACUUCAAUUAUAAAUUCACACACGAUCGCCGAUGAUUUCCCAGUGAAACAGUCAUGCUUGGACUCUCCUAAGCAUUAAAAAUAGCCUGUUGAGAACGUCAUAGCCCUCUUAUUUGGUUAAAUGAAAGAAGGCCUACCUGAGUGAGAGCAGGAUUAUGUGCAGAGCACAGCGGAAAGUUAACACUUGAUCACCCAAAUUUAUCUGAAUUUGACUCUUUUUUUUGUUUUUUUUUUGUUUUCUCAUACUCACCAGUUAUGCUUGAAAGCAAUUUUGCCGGCUUAAUAGUAAAAGAAAGGGAAGCCCACAAUUUCUCUGCCUGUCUGUCGACUAGGGUGUGUUUGUGUCCUAAUGCUGUGACACUCUGCAGUUUAAAAGGUGACAUGAAUCUGAAUUUAGUCAUCAUUUCGCACUUGAAUCGAAAACAUUUAUCGAUCUGUGUCCAAGCUGUUGUGUUUUUGGUAAACCUUAAAAAGUACAGCAGCUGUUGUGACUGAUGUGGAUAGAAAGCUGUGAUUUGUUGCACUCUUGUGGAUUCGUCCCUCAAGUUUUAACUCCAUAUAUCACAGUAUUUUACCAAGAGUCAUACCUUAAAUAUGUAAUAUUGAUUUCUCUGCUAUCACAUUACUCUUUGCUGAUGGUUCAAACAGUGGUUGUCAGAUUACAGUGAAUCAAUAGCUGAUACCGAUGCUGAUAGAAGAUUUUAAAGCCAUUUUAAAUGACCUAACAAAGAAAUAAUUAAGGUAAUUAUCGCGAUCAAAUUUCUGAAAAGUUAUGUACAAAUGAAUUAUAUCAUGCACAUUUAAAUCAAAUAUUCAUGUUUCUCUUAGCGAGUAACCUGUUUGAGAUAGAUAUUUAAUGAUCUUAGAAAAUAUAAUGGGGAUAUCGGCUUUUUAAGAUGAUACGAUAUCGUACGACUUCUGGUUUUAGGUUUCCAAAUUGUAAAUUAAGGUGUCUAUCAAGAAUAGGUGUGUGUUUCUGGAGAUUAUAAACCUGAUUUCAAUAUUGAUAUUAACAUUGACAGGUAACUCAGAAAUGUUCACAUCUGCCAAACCGAUAUAUAACGUUUCAAGCCACCGUCUGCCAAUAUUGGUAUUAUCCUGAUACUGUAGUGCAAAGUCAACAACAAAUAAUCAGACAACAGGUUGUUCCAGAAAAUGUUCAGUAUCCCGGUAUAAAGUAAAGACAAUUGAACCUCAGCGAAAGUCAGAGCUCAUUUCUUUGACUUGAAAACUGUCAGUCCCAUAUGCUGUUAUGCUGAUUUUAUACAUUAGUAAGAUUGCUCUCACAGUCACCACUUAAAAUCACAAGUUAGAUGAUCACUACCAUCAUCUAGAAGGCAACUUAAAGUUAUAGGCUCUUUUUCUAAGUGUCUCUGGUGAUAUAUCUCUAAAUGUUAACUAGUUGUUUAAAUCCAUGUGCGUAUGAUGGUUAUUUUUAGUGUUUUGUUUCGUCAUUGUGACCUUGUGUAUAAGUCCUCACCCCUCACAGUUCCAUUUUAGCAGAAGAAAUUGCAGCAUUACAGGUUGGUGUUAUUGUGUCGUAAUCUAAACUAAUCUGAAAUCUCAGAGCUCAAAUAUUAAACCACCAAGUAAACACUCACUCUGUAUUGUUUUGAGAUACCAAACAAACAAGCACUAUUUAUGCAAAAGAAAUGAUGCAUUGUUUGUAAAUGGCAGAAGCUUCAUGAGACCGUUCCUGCUUGAUAUCUGCCAAAGAUGGCCGUUACUUUGCAAGACAAUGCUGGAGGAUCUCAGAGAAGUGAUGACUUCCCUUGCUGUGAAUGAACCGUGGACAAAAGCCGCCUCCUCUGCCUCUGAUGUCUUUGUUUUUGCCAUGCGGGCCACACGCCACUCUUCCUGUUCCUGCAAUGGUCCUUCCUCGUGCUUUCCCUCAAUACACAGGGAAGAGCCGGUGACUAAGUAUAGGCUGUGUUAUACAGCUUAUCAUCUAAAGAGUGGGAAGGAAAGAGAGGCUAGACCAGAGACUUUGUGCACAGGCUACAGAUGUUCUGAACAUCCAAACUGGAGUCAUCAGGACUGCCUACAGCCUCAGCACUCUGAUAGAAACCCUCACAAAAGAGCUGUUUCUGUUGAGGUCUUUAUUUGAAUGCAUUAAAGCGCAGAUCCACACUUUUUUUUACGAUAAGUAAAAUAAAAAAAGACGUACCUGCUUAAAUAUUGUAGGGGGUUUUAUGUGCUCAAAUAAUUUCUUCAUUCAUUUUGACCUUUUAAAAAGAAUUAGUCACUUAUGGAGUAGCAUGCACAGAGAGUUUGUUUUAAUGUGAUUGUAAUUUAGUGAUUGUUGCCCAGGAGAUUUCUGUUUUGUAAAGUCUGGGAAAAGACACAAGAGGACACUCGGGUUAUUAACAAUAAUGUAUGACAAGUCACUGGCAUGUUGUCUCUUUAACUUGCUGUUCUCUGUGGAAUCAGGACAUAGCUUUCAAUUUCCGCCAUGGUUGCAUUUAUUGGCAAGGCAGCAGAACUCCGCAGAACACCUGAAGGCCAAACGCGUGUGACGCUACCAUAGACUGUAUAAACUAUGGACAACUUGGUUCCUCCUUUUCGCCAGUAUUCGGAUUUGAAGCCGAUUCCCCCUUUUCUAUCCACUUCCUGAAACCAACAUCGUGCAGUAGUGUUGUACGCACUCCACCACUUACGCAGUAGCAUUGUGCGCAUUCAGUUGGAGAGUCGCAGAGAGUCGCGGUGAUGACGCUUGGCUCAAACAGCGUAUCCCCCGGGUGAGCUACGCAAUCUUCGUACGCCCAAAGGCGCCCAGUCAUAGAAAAUAUGAAUCCCUAAUAACUUUAAAAAAUGGAGCCGUACAGAAAAAAGAGGACUUGAGCACAAACCAGUCUUACUGUAACUAAAUGUCAACAUCGCAAGCAGGGGAGAGAAAAAUGUAUAUUCUGUGUAGUAAAUUUCUAAAGUUUGUUCACAGUCCCAUAGGGAUUGCUGGAGGAGGCGGGAUUUAUGACCUAUACUGCAGCCCGUCACCAGAGGGUGCUGUUCUCGGAGUGGCUUCACCCGCUACGACUAAUUGUUGAAUUUAAAGUUUUUGAUCUGAAAUGAACAGUGAUCACAAUAGGAGAUUUUCUGUAAAUUAACAACACUUAACACGAGGAUAGGGCAAAAUCAGACAACGUUAGGGUUACCACUUUGGCUACAUUUGUCCACAGGGGGCACCAAAAUCAACACAGACAAAAAGUCCCUCACAGGAGAUUUAAUACAGCCGAGCUACCGCCCAGUACGUCUUGCGACCGCUUCUUAAAUUCGACAAAUUCUCUGAAAACUCACACCGAGUCACUCAGCAAACAUAUAAGUCAGCUUUAUGUAGUGAGAGGUGAAUUUGUGCACUUUUUAAAACAAUUUUAGACUUUUUUUUUAUCACAAGGAUGAUCAAAAAAUGUUCAGCCUAGAUGAUGAAACAGAGUACGAUAUGAUGUCUUCUCUCAUGAUUAUUAUAAAACUGUAUGAGAAAUUUAUGACUAAAAUGAGACUUAAAAAGACCGAAACGAACACUGACUUAAAUGAAAGCUGAGGUCCUGUUGAAUGAAACAACACAGAGACUAAAAUAUGACUAAAAUCAACCACAGUUUUCAGAAUAAAAGAAGUGACUAAAACUGAAUUGAAAUUUCUCAUGUAGACCAGCACUGAUCUGUUGUUUUAAAUUUAUCCUGAAUAGAUGCAGCCAAUUAUCUGGAGGGACAGGUGAGACUUGAAAUACAAUCCAGGAACUUCAGCAUGAGUAUUGAAUCAGUCCAAGUGUGUCUCUCGUUAGGGAGAAAAAAAAGGUUAUUCACCAUGAUUGAAGAUUUUCCUGUUAUAAAGUUCCUGUUUCACUGAGGUGUUUCACCCAGGUACACACCUAAGCUGACCUGUUUCUGCUCCUCCACCGGCACCUGGUUCAUUGAAAGCCAGACUUGUAAAUGAGUGACGCUCUCCUUUAAAUAGAACUUAACACUCAGUCUGUUGCAGUGUGACAGCUCUUGUACUGAAUGUGCUAAAUGUGUUGCAGUGUUUGCAAACUUAAAAGGUGACAAACUUUGUUGUCGAUGCCCACAUUUCUUUUGGCGUCUUCCUGGUGAGGAUUUUCUCCGCGCUGCCAGUUAUGACUCAGAGUCUGCUCAAAGGUGUUGUAGUGUUUACUAAUUUACAAACUUUGACAGUGCCCACACUUUGUUUGGCUGGUGGCUGGUGCUAAUUUCCCACGCUGGAAGUGGUCUCAGUGGCAGGCGCCUGGUGGGUACGCUCACGGAAAGAAGUUCUUAGGCUGGAUUGCAGACCUCCUGCCAAAUUCAGGACAGUGAGUUGGACAGAUACAUGACAGCAAUUACAUCCCUCACUUGGAGUGUUCCCAUCACAUUUGCAGGAGGCCUGAGGAGCAGCAUGAAUCAGGGAUGUGAUGAUUACUCUGAAUCUAUCCGUAAUUCUGUAUUUUUGACCUAUCACAUCCCUGAUUAACUCAUCAACUUAAACAGAUGCUUCUCCUACGUUGUUGCACCUCGGCUGAUUCAGGAUCUGGUCGUCUGACUUGCACUUAAGUAGUUAUUUUAAAAGGGAAGUUUUGUGUAUAAUCGGCACACGUUCACAGAUAAAUCACAUCAGAAUAAGAACAAGCUGCGGCGGUCGCUGCGACACAAGUGCAAAACAGAUGCGGGGUGGUAGUAAAGACGGUGAGAGUUUUAAUGGGAUCAAAAUUCCUCUUUGCUUAGACCAGUCAUUCCCAAAGCGUGAGCUGAACUGUGGCUAUUAUGCUGUUUGAAAAAACGGUUGGACGUAUUGUAUGUAGAUAGAUUAUUAUUGCUUUGCGUUCCUUUAGGCUCACAUUCAAUUCUGUCCAACAAAAUCCAUCCCAAAAUACUGAAUUUUGGUGUGAAGUGUUGAUCAGACUUGUGUGUUGAGUAGGCAGCAAAAAUACUUGUAGAUUUUUGAAUUCGGUCACAGCCAGUCUUUUUAAAAAAUGUCAGGCCUUAAUAUGAAUUUUGAUUGACUUUGACCUUCAUGAAAAUACAUGACCAUGUUCUUGACUUUUCGGUGGUUCAAGCUGAAAAACGUUUAUUUAGCCCCUCUUAGCAAAAGUCCACCUUCUUUUACAGAUAACUGGAGUUCAGAUCCACGGAUGGAUCGGUACUUUUUCAGGUUCAAACCUGAACCGCUGUGUGCAGCUGUGCCUAGGUUGAUCACACUGUUCGGAGUGAAAGUGAGUGAUAACAAAGUGUGAAAAUGAGGUGUGAGAUUGAUGAAAUUACCUGCCAUUACCAUAGAAACCUCCAUCCAUACUUUGACAGCCUGAACCAUAAUCUCUUCCACGGCUGCUGCGGGCGACGACAGACACACCUCUCGGUGUGAGUGAGUGUGUGAGUAAGCACUGGAUGGGGUGUGGGGGUAUGUGCGCAUGGACGAGAGUGGGCGGAUGUUCAUGUUUCCUGCUUCUCCAUCUCUCUUCUUAGCUCUAGCCCGGCCCUUUUCAUACUGUAAUAUACUGUAUAUAGUGCGCAGCAUACUGUGUAGACCACAUGACUCCGACUUUCCACUGCUGCCUAUGAAGACUCAGUGCUUUGAGUUGUGUGGGUGCAAAUAGAAAACUGUCAAGCAGGUAAAGUUGGCGUUGUUGCCUUAAUGUUGUGCGUAUUUUCACAUCUUAUGUCGAUUUAGUUGCUGUUGUUUAAUGUUACUUUAUGCAAAUUCACUAUUAUUACAGCAGAAUACAAGGCGGGUUAACGCUCCUGUAGGGAACUUUUGGUUUGUGUCAUUAUUGACACCCCCUGUGGACAAAGCAGCCUUCCCUCACCUUGUCCUUCACGCCCUGAAGUCAUGUCUUCUGACUAAAAAAUGUCAUCCCGCUGACUUUUGACAGUCAGACGCAUCAAUUAUUGUGGACAUAUUUAAAGUAGAAAACAUAAAAAGGCUGUUUCUUCAGCUGCUUGGCUGACCCCUACCAUGUUGCACCCAUGUAAGGCGUUGAAAAAUAUGAUAAAAUAACAUUACUCAUGGUCUCAUUAUAAAAAAGAUCAACAUGAAUUUCAGUGUAUUUUAUAAACCUGAAAAAACUCCUCACUGUAGCUUUAAAAUUUAAAAAAUUCCUUAGGAUAUGUUAUAUUUGUCAAUAUCUAAUAUGCCAUACUUACAAUCUUGUUUGGCCAAUAUUAAGACACAUUUUUCCUUUUUGAAGAAUGCAAAGUUUCUCUUGCAAGAGGAGAAAAAUGGAUUUUGUUUAUUUUUAAUUAUUUUAUUUAUCAAACCCAAAACAAUAACUGUGUGAUACUAACAUUAUGUAUUGGCAAUCACCUAUAUCAUCAGCACCAGCCACUAAAGGACAGAUAUCUGUCAAAAUUAAAGCUCCUGUGAGGAUUUUUUUACAUCAAAGAAAUCGACUGAAAUUCAUACCGAUCAUGUUUUUUGAUAUCCAAAAGCAAACAAGACCAUUAGUCACAUGAUUGAAGAUUUUUAUGUGGUCAUUUUUAAUGCCUAAAACUUGUGCGAGGGGGUAGGUGACAGAGUUGAAGAAACAGCUGUUUUUCACAAUAUCCACUAAAGAUUCACAAUAGAAGAUGAUAUCCGAUAAGCAAGGACUGCUUUGUCCACAAUGGGCGCUAAAGUUCACACAAACGGAAAGUUUCUCUCUGGAGCUUUAAGUUGUUAAAUUUAUUUCAGUUUAAAAAAAGCCUGCCAGUAAGUUUUCUGUUAGUAACACAACUCCACAGGCUACUUCACUGGCACUUUUGUGUAAAACAUUCAGGCUGUAAAUUUAUCUAGUGCUGUGAGAGUUGGUGAUGCUCCCAGUUUGCGCGAAUGCCAGCUAGAACUGGGUGCGCUCCCAUUAGGCUUUGCUCCUGGCACGCUGUGUAUAGGGUGGCAGCAAGGGCGGGGAAUACAGCUUAUAUAGAGUCAGCGCCAGGGCAGGUGAUCACCGAAUGUUGGCAGAUAGAGGGGCUAAUGCUGUAACAGGCCCGCUCCUGAGGUGUCUGUAAGAUUUAAUACACUCGAGCGCCACAAAAACCUCAUUUGCUUUCUUUGUGGCCAAACAAAGCCUACUCACAACCUGUCCUCACAGAUUGCAAAAUGUUACAGUUGAAACAAAGACUGGUGCUUCCUUCGCACAUACUUUCAGUUUCUUAUCUUUUUUUAAAAGCCUGAAAAAAGAAGUCCAUCCAACAUCCCUUAAAAACUGAUUGAUUUUUAAUGAUUUUAAUGGUCACCUUCUUUUUAUUAUGUCCUUUAUACCACGUUCAAACUGCAUUCAAGUCGUUUAAAUAGUUCAGAAAUCCUUGUUUUGUGUCAUCCUAACCUUCUCGAUCCUGUUUUUCCCAGUCUUUUGAGCUGUCUUACCCAUGAAGAGUCAUUUAGGUAUAGAAUGUUCCUGUUUGAGCAGUAUGAAUCAUACAUGUCCCGCUGUGACUUGGCAAAGAGAGACAGGCAGAAGGUUGGUCCUCACUGAAUCUAGGUUAGAAUGUAAACAGUGACAGUGGACUGUUUCUACAUGCAACCCACCAGGUAUCGCCUCUUUAUAUUGUAUACUAUCGGUAAUGAUGGUCUGUUCUCUGUCCGCUACACUGGUGUAGCUGGCAGUUAGUGAUAGACAACUUCCAAUCAGUUCCUUUUCCAUGUGUUGCAUCGUCCAGUCCAUUAGCAACCUGACAGGCCACCUUGUGUUUCCAUCAAAGGUAAAGGAAUCAGCCCACUACAAAUUUGCCAUCCAUUUCUUAGUUCAUGCCUCAGAGUGGCGCCUGUUCAUCUGACUCCCAGUUUCCACCGCAUUCAGAACGGAUGAAAAAAGGCGGCAUCCGCCAAUCGUAGCUGAUCCACCGGCUUCUUUCUGUUCCACUGCCAGACCCCGCAGCUGAUUGCAAAAGUUGUAUUUUUUCUGGACGUCGGAGCGUGCCGGAUAAAUCCAGCACAGGUUAACCCGUGCUGGAAACGAAGUCGGACACAGACACAAAAUAAAACAUCCGGCUUCUUUUCAAAAUAAAACACUUGUGUUUCAGAUGGAUCGUAUUUCACACCAUGCAAACGGGCAGGGACGAACAAGUGAAAGGUUUAUAGACAACAUUUCAUCCCGAUGACACCAUGGAUGAGGAGAUGCUGAUUUUAGAAGUCUAGAAGGAGUCUCUGGAAGGACACAAUCUACUGCUUAUAUGGUGGCUAGAGACAACUUGUUAUCGCUCGAUUGCAUGUGAAUCCGUGGGUUCUUGUGAGCUCUUGUGAUUCCUGCUGUUCGUCGUCCACCACGAAAUUCGCCUCACAAACGGAUCCGGUAGGAAUUGGCGUACGACAAAAAUCACAGCCGUUCCGGAUGUGGUGGAAAUCCCGGAUGAGUCUGAUAGGUCUCAGUUUUACUGUAAAUCGAGGCUUUCUAGACAUAAACUCAAUUUUCUUGGCGAUAACUUGUACUUUAGUUCAGUACUUUCAAUUGCUUGAUCUGUUUUUGUUUGUAUAGUUUGUUUUCUAUUUCGUCUUCCUCCUCUGUGUCAAUAAUACAUCCUUUCUUUUACUUCUCCCAACACUCUCUGCCCAAAACUAACUCAUGUGUCCGUUUAACCUGGACUGUGUAAACCUGAUGUCCUGUCUUUCUGUCCGUGUCACUCGCUCUCCAUCAGUUCUCUCAUGUUUCCCCUCUCUCUCUCAUCAUUGCGUCUCUCUGUGUCUCUCUCUCUCUCUCUCUCUUUCUGGCCUGGUUUGAAUCAGCCCAGCAGACUCUCUCUUUUGGGGCUCGGUAACAUGCCUUGAUUGGCUCGCACAAAAUUCGACUGCACUGUGACAUCACAGGCGCCCGAGCCUGCCGAUUGGCUGACGCUGGGAGUGGGGGAUGGAGAGUUGGGGGAGGUUAUACACGGAUCGAGGUUGGCGGGAGGGCUGAUGGGAAAUGGAGAGACUGAGUGACGCUGCUCAGUGCCUACAGGCCCCUUCUCUCUCUCUCUCUCUCGCUCUCUCUCUAUUGCUCUCAUUUUGAGUUCCUCUCCAGCUCGCUCUCCACCAGGCCUCAGCUCCUCACAUGAUGGAAACUCCAACUCUCAGACAACUCACUCUAGACCGUCACUUCACCAGUUUUCUCUCCGUAUUUGCCGCCUUCAGCUCAGGGUGGACACUUAAAGUGAUGCUAUUUUCGGUAACUUUGGUUCCCAGAGCCAGGAAAAAGGAAGACGGCUAGCGGUGCCAAGAAUCCCACCUUCAUCGCCACUCUGGAUGUAAUGGGAGAAAUGUGCUGUCACUAACUCCCAAAAAAAAAACAAAAAAAAACACUUUCACUGUUCCACUUUCAUGACGAACUCCACACCAAACUCAAUGUCCGCCGUGUGCCCCAGCUUCAGUUUGAAGUGGUCAUGACGCAUUUUGGCUCUGCGGUAGUGGGCCUCAUUUAACGUCAACAGUUCUUUCUGCGGUUUGUUAUGAGACCCAUCCCUGUUUACGGGAACAGCACAACUUUUUGAUUAGGAUUAGUUAUAUUGACCUUUGCUGUGUUUUCUCUUCAAUCAGUCUGAUAUAUUCAAUCUUUAUUCAGACUUGUUUUUUUCACUCAUAGAUGUCCAAAGCAGAUGCUGCAGCAUACAUGUGUAGGUUUUUGCCUCCCUUUAAAAACACUUUUGAAAUUUUUAAAGUUGAUUUUUUUUUUUUUUUUUUAAAUCCACAGUAACUUCAGAAGUUUGACAUGAGAAGAAUGAUGAGAAAUGAAAUUUAUCAGCUUUAAGUUUUUAUGUCCAAAAGCCAGAAGUCUGGACCCGAUAUAGGAGCAAAAAUAUUCAGGUAAUUAACUGAGAUUCUAUCAGUAAGACCACGAGGAUAAACAGAUUAUUUUAGCAUAUUUUUAAGGAGGCUGAAAUAAUCAAGUUCAGGUCCAGGAACUCAGAAUUUGGAGGGAAAACUCUGAAUUCUGACCUUCAAAACUUAAAAUAAGAAGAAAAAAGUUAGUUGAAUGGAGAUUAGAAUCAGAAUCCUGACUUGAAUCUCAGGAUUCUGUUUCUAAUCCCCAAUUUUUCUCUGACAACUCUGUGUUAUUUCUCCAUUUUUUUCCUUUUUCUUUUUAGAUCCCAAGCUUAUGGUCAGAAUUCAAACUUUGCUUUAAGAGUUUGUGUUUUUAAAGUCAGUAUCAAGACUUUUCCCCUCAGAACUACAUCUUAAAAACUCACAAUUUACUAAGAUUGAAGUCAGAAAUCAACUCAGAGGAGUUGAAAUUGAUGUUAAGAUGUGAUGUAAGCUCAGAGUUGAGAAUCAAGAGGUCAGGGUUCUGACUUGACAUUCAGAAUUUGCACCUUCUUUCACAGAAUUUUGUCAUUUUGCCUCGAAUUUCUACUGAAUGUGAGGAAUUCUGAGGAAAAACUCUGAACUCUGACUUUUUUUCUCUUUAUUUUAAGUUGAGGGUCAGAAUUCAGAGUUUUUCCUCCAAAUUCUCAGUUCCUGGACCUGAACUUGAUUAUUUCAGCUUCCUUAAAAACAUGCUAAAAUAAUCAGUUUAUCUUUAUGGUCUUACUGAUGGAAUCUCAGUUAGUUACCUGAAUAUUUUUGCUCCUAUAUCGAGUCCAGGCUUCUGACUUUUGGACAUAAAAACUCAAAGCUGAUAAAUUUCCCCAUCAUUUUUCUCGUGUCAAACUUCUCGAAUUACUGUGGAUUUUUGUAUUAUUGACUUUUACAGUGACGAUUAAAUGUCACUUUUUUGUUUAUCUAGUUCUCAGUGUCAAUCAGACAUCGACCUGAACUCGACUAAACUGCUCUCAUUUGAAGGAAACGCCUCUUAAACCUUUCCUAAAAGAACGGGUUAAUGUGAGUUAUCUGUGUGUGCUUGAACCAAAAGCUGGCAGUAAGUAGCAUGAGGAUUUUUUUUUUUUCAGAUACUCCUCUAAUAUUUUGUGUGUGUCGAACAUAAAGAUAUAACAACCCAACACUUCCUCUUCUGGGUUCAGCGGAGCAGCGGCAGCAGUUCAGAAAGCAUGUGCAGUGUAAUUUCUAUAACAGCUUCUCCUCAUUACUCAACAUCGCUGCGAGACGGGGAGAGAUCGUCACAUCAUGCCUGUCUACUCUUCCCCCUGUAACAGCUUGUUACUAGACUCCGCUGCCACACUGACAUCCUCAUCCUGCUGCUGAAUAUCAAACAGGCCAACUUGAAAUCGAGCGGCGCCGAGACAGAAAAUGAAGACAGGAUAUCGGACUCGCUCGUUUUUCUGAAAUACGGGGGAGGCUGAAGGCUGCGAGUCAGAGGUUGAGGGUUGGAGAAAAUUUGCCUCCUGACUUGUUGUCAUCACCAGACUGGGCUGUGAUAUCGAAAAGUGAAAAGUGAGACGCCCCUGAUGGUAACAAACCACGCCGUUCAUGAUGAGAGCUGGAGAUAAAUCAGAAGAUUCAUCUCAAGUAAACAAAUAAAGACUGUGUUGAAAUAAACAAAUAAUGACCGGGACAAAUAAUUCCCUAGGCCUCUCAAAUGUGAGCGUUUGCUGCUUUUACUCUUUGAAAAGCUAAGAGGACAGAAUUCUUCGGGGGUUUGGAUGCUUAAUCUUGCAAAAUCCCUUUUCAAUCAGGACCACUUUCAUUAAAGACAAUUAAUUCUGUCCACAAAAUAAGUCAUAGUUAGGGGGAAUGCUCCGUCCUGAGAGCUCUCAGCUGUUCCACAUGCAGAAAGAAAUAAUCUUAAAAUUCAGAGAUUCAAGUCAGAGUGAUUGAAAUAUGAAAAAUAACUUAUACCAGCCUCUCUCUUCGUUCAAAACAACAUUAUUCAAUAAAUUUCCAUCUUAAAGGUGGGAUAGGCAGGAUCUGAGGAAGUGCCAGUUUUUAGGAGAAAUCUUGAAUGUAAACUCUACCCCUUCCAACCAGUUUUCCCGUUAGCUUCUCCUCUCCCCUCCCUCUCUGCUCCAGCAAGCCCCGCCCACAAACAGACUCUCCUGCUCGCUCGUAUCAUUCCAAUUAAAUUCAGAUAUGAUGCAGAUAAAUACUUCAGAUAAUUACAAAUGGGGCCCAGUCAACGUGAAAGUCAAAAGCAUUGGUGAUAGAUGCUAACAGACUACCAGCAAAUACAAUGUUUGCAGGACUUCUACAAGUAGGAUAAAGUGACAUAGUCCAGGACCCGAGGUCAACAGUUUAGCGGCACUGCAACACACAGCAGGUCCCGUUUGACAAGAAACACUUCUGUUACAGACACUUGUCUUACUUUGUUAAAGCGGUUUUCCUGUCCAGCAGAAAGAUUACAGGGUCCAGAAGAUCCCAAAGCGUCCCCCAUCAUUGUUGACUCUGCUUUUUAGCUCUUGUCCGGUCUACCUCCGUUUUAAGCGCCCGUAAUUCUGCCAGAGGCUUAUUGUUUGUGUUUUCCGUACUUUCUGGUUGGUUUCUACUGUCGGAUAUUGUAGCACGCUAACUUUGGGCUCGUGCACGUUAUUGGAGGAUGUGCAGCGUGCCUCACAACAAGAAGGAGCAGCGUCCGCCUCAUAACCAAUCAGGUUGGGGGAGGUGGAGAACGGCUUUGUUUACAGUCAGAAAGACUGGGUCGCUCAAAAAAUUUAAAAUGAUGACUACACAGAAAAAAACAGAACACAGCGAUAUUGUUAUAUUCCCAAAUGUCAUCAAUAACUAAUAGCUAUUGACUGAUAUUAAAGCUUUUAUGUUUAUACACCACAAAAAAGAUGCUUCUUUAACGGAAUCCUGCCUACACCACCUUUAAGUAAAUUCACAUCUGUGUUGAUUUGUUACCUUUUUUUAACAAGGCUAAUGUCAAGCCUGAUGCCUUCACUCACAGGGCAAGGUAUACAGUUCAUUCAUUCAACAGUAGUAUUGGAUCAGUAUCGUAUAUCGGCUGAUAUGCUCAGCCCAGGCAUCGGUAUCGGAUUGGAUCGGAAAAAAUGGAUCGGUGCAUCUCUACUUAAAAUUCAGAGAUUCAAGUCAGAAUUAUUGGAAUAUGAAAAAUAACUCCAACCAGCCUCCCUCUUCCUUCAAAAUAAUGUUAUUCAAUAAAUUUCCGUCUUAGAGAAAACAGAUCUCAUAGAAAACGCCUCAGUAUUCACGGCUCAUGCUGCGUUCAAUAUCACGUUGUUUUGGAAACAUGUUGAGGCGUAGUGAAACGUCCGUAUUCGUCAGCUGUCUGUGCCAGUAAAAGUCUGGUUUGAACAGAGUUUGCAGGUGGAUUUUGCCUUGAAGUCUGGCAGUCAAAGCAGUAAAAAGAUAGAUCUGGAUGUCAGUGUGUGUGUGUGAGAAUGAUGAGUGCAUGCCUAAACCAGUUAGUGUUGGACGCAGCAGGAGCAGGGAAUGAGUGUGCAUUGCGGUUUUGCUGGUGGAAUUUCAGCCGAUCUCUGGCCUAUUCGGUCAAGAAGACCGGAGACCCCGGGGGUGAGUGUGUGUGUGUGUGGGGGGAGGGGAGAGAUGGGAGGCGGAAGGUUCAGGGUGAUGGGAGGAUAGCUCCAGCUCCAGGCAGCCGUCCAAGUGUGGGGUAUAAUCUGACAGCACUCAGCCAAGACACAUGCAGGGCUAAGACCAGGCACCCUACCAAGACUAGGGCCUGCGGGGACAUCCUGGUGAGAGCUAAACCUCCAAUGGGCCUGGAGCAGAGCCAGGAGCCUCACAUACACAACACAUACACUUGACUACAUAGUAAGGUCACACAUGCGUGGUAAAGCCUCUCAUACACACCCACACAGAUGUACAGUGCAUGCAAACAACACACAUGAAAGGGGAUGGAGAGACAAAGAAAGCAUGUGGAAAUACAAGGCUGCAGCCUCAACCCGAGGUUUGGAGGGCCUGUGUGUGUGUAUAUUGGUGCAUCCAUGUCUCACUCCGUCAGACCUCCCAAAUACAGCUCCAUCUCCUGUGUGUGUGUAACUUUGCGGUCGACGAAUAAAGCUGUCAUUGUGUCGUCCAACUGGAAGUCACCCUAAACGUUUGGAGGACUUUACAAAUCACCACCAACUGACAUGUUUCUCUCUUUCUCUUCCUCCUCUUUGCUUUUUUUCUCUCAUGCAGAUUAUGUUUAUUUUGAGAACUCGUCCAGUAACCCACUGCUGAUCAGGAGGAUAGAAGAGCUGAACAAGGUGAGUGUGUGUCUGAGCUUGAAUGGGUUUCACUUGAAUGCAGCACAGGCAGCAUUUUUGGCUCCUGAUCCAACUUAUUUUGAAUAUUGAGUGUCUGCUAUUAUUGAGUCCUAUACUAGUACUUCAUAUCGGAUUUUACAACCUCCCAUAUGAACGCAAUAAAGCUGGGCGAUGAAUCAGAUUUGAAUUAUGAUUACAGCCCCUUUCAAUCAUAAAAAUAAUGUAAUCAAGACAGAUCGAUUGUUGUGUCGCCCCUAUUUCAUCCUAUAUGUUGAAUAAAGAGCACCCUUCCUCUCUUACCUAACAGAGGAGCAUAGGUACAACCCCUCCACUCAAAAAACUUUCAUUUUCACUUUAUCAUAAGCAGCAGUUGCACCUUGAUAUUAGGAUUCUCGCAGUCAAUUUUUUCUCAAGUUACUGAAAAGAGGACUACUUUUUCUUGUUUGUAAGAAGGCAAAUUUAGACUUUGUGAAAGUUUUAGGUUAAAGCUACUAUAAGGAGUUUUUGACCAGGUAUUAAACAUACUAAAAUCAAUAGGGCCAUCUCUUUAUGAUGCGCAAAAGCAAACCAGACCUUAGGGCUGAGGGAUAAACCAAAAAUUUACUACUAUUACUACUAUUUACUACUAAUACUUGCAAACUGGGACACAGAUAGUUGUCCGUCGAAACCACCUGAUCAAGUUGGACCGUAGGCUAGGGCUAGGCGAUAAACCGAAAAUUUACCGAUACCAAAAUUUACGACAACAACAGACAUCAUUUUGCCCAUGUCAGUGUACUCAGUGUCAAAAAAAUAAAUAAAAGUUGUUUUUGGAUGUGUGUAGGUAGGCUAUGGUCUCAUGUCCCUUUAAGACGUUGUCAGAGACGUGACUCCACCCCAUUCAGUCUGUAAAAAAGAUGGAGGAUGGUUCAAAAGUUGGAGCGGCUGAAGUACACCAAGUUAAUGUGGAAGGGGGUGAGCAGCUUGUGGAGUAGUUAUCGUCCAUUUAUCGUUAUUGAGGUGAACUGCUUAAUAUAUCGUGAUAAUGAUUUGAGGCCAUAUCGCCCAGCCCUACCAGACCUUCAGCAACAAGGGCAAGGGCAAGACGGAUGCCCUGGAGAAAUCUCAGUUUUAGUUUUUCAUGGCAAAGUUUCUAUCUAAUUCUGCUGUUAAAUCAGAGCAAAAUGAGUUUAUUUAUUAGAAAUCACCACUUACACAAGCAAAGGACAAAACCAGCAGAGAAUGAGGUACUGCUUUGUCCACAGGGGGCGCCAAAAUCAACACAGAUAGAAAGUUCCUUACAGCAGCUUUCAAGUUCAAUUCAAUUUAUCCAAAAAUGCAAUCCUGGAAUCUUGAAGAUAGAUUAGUGAUCAAAUCGUUUGUUUAUAAAACAUGAAGAAAAUUUGAAACGAUUACUUUCUCGUGAAAGUUAGAUUAGAGUUUAUUUUGAUAAUUUUUUUAAACUGUUGGUCUUAAAAACACAGUUGGACUUACCUGCUUAACUUUUUCUGAUGACUUAAUUUUCAGUCUAUUAUGGAAAAAAAUGAGUUGUUGCCGGAUAAACGUUUUGUCAUGAUUGUUUAUUACCUCAACUUUUCAUGCUUACAGAUCUACAUUUAAUCAUCAUCAUGUAUAAUCGACAGCAUGCCAUUACUAUAACAAAGGUAGAGGAUGUAUUUGAGGUAAAAGCUCAUACUGUAUGCAUUUAUUGGUCUAGAGGGGGAGUAAAGACAGACAUUGAGGUCUCACAGGUUUGGUGGUACUCUUGCUCUCAAUGAUGUGGAUUAAGUCUCAGCCUGCCAUCUCUCACAUUGUUCAGUAAGAGCAGCAGGAAAAGAGGCCUGUCUCUGUGGACUGGUUACAGGUGCCCGCUGUCUGUCCCCUGUCCCAGACCGGCUCUGGAUAAUAUGGAGGCUGUUUAAAGUGAUUGACACAGAGCGCAGAGUGAGCCCUCUGUUCUGCCUGUCACUGUCAGUCUCUCUCUGCUCCUCGGGGGAAUCUGUGGGGCUUCUCCUUCUUACAGUUUGAGAUAAACAGCGGAGGAGCGAUCCAGAGGCACUCAAAACAGCAGAAAAACACAGGAAAUUAAGAGCUUGGCUGAGAGAUAGAGAGUGACCUUCAAAUCUCUUUCUUACAGCCGCAAAUGUAAGAAAAUGAGGAUAUAUUUUUUUAUCAUAUGAGUGAAAAAAGUAGACGCUGAAACUUGAGAAUAAUUAUAACAAUAUUAAUGUAAAAAAGGUGAACUAAAUUGAACACUUAAGAAGUUUUAACUCGCAAAAAGUCAUCAAAGCUGGAUGCUCUGGCCUUAGUGUUUUGCAAAUGCUCCAGAAAAUUAUUAAUGUGUUGCUAGAAGCCAAAUAGUAAACAAUAGUAAACUGGAGCGUUCACCUCCUUGGUGCGGUUUGUUUUGGUUGGUGUGGACCAGUCAACCGCUCUCGGCUCCACCUGGUAGGGGUGGUCUCGGACCGCUAUCAAGUGAACUGUAGAGCGGUUUACUUCUGGUGUGAACCCCAUCCGCACCAAUCACAGGAAGCGUGCUGUUAUACACGUCAUAUCCUGUUUUGGUCAGAGGCAAAGUUAUCAAAGUUUUGGCUAAUGUUUGGCAGGGGACAAACGUGGAGUUACAGAUUAUUGCCUGUCAUCAUCUGUGAUAUGUCUACCUGAUUGCAUAGCGUCUCCUGCGACGUGUGCGUAUCAAUACAUAAUUUAAUUGCCGCAGUCUUCCCAGCCCUUCAUAUGCACAGUCCGUUAAAGUCUGCUAAUAUGCAGUCCAGAUCAGCACCAACAUAAAAAUGAGCAGACGAUGCUCCAUGAUGUAAAGUAAAAAUUGCAAGGGAUUUGUCGUCUACCUGCCUAAAAUGUAUAAGCAAUCACCAAAAGGUUUUCGCUGCUACGUGACAAUUUUUGGACCGUUUGAGUUUGGCCUUUGUUUGGACCUUUUGGUGUGAACACGACCUUAGAAAUGUUGUUCAAUUAGAAGCGGCACAGAGCUGUAAAAGUGACAUCCCGUUAGCCUCUAGACAACAUUUUUUUGUUGAUUGAUUUGAUACGUGAUAGAUCAACCGUAGGAUGACACAAUAGUAAGAGGCUGAAAGGGAACAUGACACAAUCUAUUGUAGCAGAGGUGGACACGCUUCGUGUUCUUAUUAUUAUUGCGUUAUUCGCUUUUUGCCCAAUACUUGCAAACUGGGACACAGACAGUUGUCUAUUGAAACCGCCUGAUCAAGUCAGAGUGUAGGCUAGGGCUGGACGAUAAACCAAAAAUUUACAGCUACCGAAAGUUAUAACAACAGCCGACGUCAAUAUAUCCGGUAUCAAAAAAUAAAAGAAUAAAAGUUUGUUUUGGAUGUGUGUAGGUAGGCUAUGGUCUUGUGUCCCUUUAAGACGCUGUGCUAUGUCAGAGAUGUGACUCCACCCCAUCCAGUCCAUACAAAGAGGGAAGGACGGGUGAGGAGAUGGAGGACGGCUCAAAAGUUGUAGUGGCUGAAGUAGACAAAGUUAAUGUAGGAAGGAUAGUGCAGCUUGUGAAGUACUUAUCGUCCAUUUAUCGUUAUCGAGGUGAACUGCUCAAUAGAUUAUGAUAUUGAUUUGAGGCCAUAUCGCCCGGCCCUUCUGUAGCCUGACUAACAUGAGCAUGUAAACGCACUGACAGUCAGAUUUAUCACUUAUCAGACAACAAAGCCUUUCCACCAUAUUGCUACAGGUGGUUUCUAUCCAGUCUUAAAAGAACUUCAGACAUCAUUCACAAACAUAAGUGGAAAAACAAGGUCUCACAGUAAAGCCCUUUAGUAAUAUAACUUCAUUUUCUGCCUUUGGAUUAACUACAGCUAUAUUUACACUUGCACAAAGAAAACUGCCUGAGCACGUCUUCAUCAUUUAGCAGAAAGGCGAGAUCUGUUUGAUGAAAAAUUCUCUUUCUUUGUCGAGAAAAGUUGCUUUAAUUUCUGAUUAAAAACAUCAUAAAUUUGGAAAUGAUGUUGUAGUGAACUUGAAGAUUUGAUUUUGAAGUUUUUCUUGACUGUGAAAAUGAAAAAGUUUGACGAUUUCUCUGCAAAGAAAAUAAAUACUUAAUGCUGAAGUGUUUUUUUUCUCUGAUUCUGCAUCCCUCACUUAACAUCUCACCAGAAGGAUUCAUGAGAGAGUUUCUAAUCCAAUACCCUGGGCCUAUAAUAAGAUGUGAAUGAGAUUGUCAAUGAUGUGUAACACUUAGAGGAUCGUGCUUUAUCAAUAUUGCAGUUUACACUCUAUUAUUUCAUUUUCUUUAUGUGUGGAAAAAAAAAAGAGUCUGCUAAUCAAUUUCUAAAUGAGCCUCGUUGCUUUUACGACCUCAGGUGAUUUUUUUGUGCGCGUGCCGGGGAAGUAAAGGAUGUAAUGCUGUCAUGCAGCUCUUAAUUUAAAAGGAACAUUAUUAUUAUUGUUAUUAACAAACCGGGGUGGUUUUCCAGGGAAGAAAGAAGAAGCGCUGCAUGAGAAACGGCAGCAAGGCGAAGCAGUGUGAGAGCUGCAGCACUUAUUGUGAUUUUGGAGAAUUGCUGUAGUCUCACACUGUGUUUUCAGCCCUAGUUAAGAACUAUCAUCUAUGGGGUUUUUUCAUCUGUGUGUGUGUGUGUGUCGGUGCUCUGUGUGUGGCACCACUUGUUGCCGUGGUAACGCCGAUUGUCUCUGGUUUGCAGACAGCCAAUGGGAACGUGGAGGCCAAAGUGGUGUGUUUUUACCGGCGCAGGGACAUCUCCAGCACACUCAUCGCCCUGGCAGACAAACAUGCAAGUGAGUGACCGACCACAACCCAACCAACAUUAAAAAAAACAUGUCCGACGACCACGACUCGGUACGGGUCUUUGUGGCAAACGCUCUGCUGAGUUGUAGUGCUUCACAUCCAAUCAAAGUAGAUCUCCUCAAACCUGUUUAUUUUCCUUGGUUGUAGGACUUGUUUGCACACAGGGGGAUGAUACAAAAUUGGAUUCAGUUUUUUUUUAUCCUGUCGCUGAGAUGAAAGAAGCAGUCCAGACUGCAGCCCCUCCUCCUCUGAUAGGCCGGGUUGCAGACAGCUUUCGAUCUGUGGAGCGUAUCAAUAUGACGACACCUGUGUCUGUGUUUGUGUCUAUGCAUAUGUGCCGUUUCUGUCAAAGCGUGGGCGUGCGGCGUGUUCGUGCAUGUGGUGCUUUCUCUCCUGAGCUGAUUCUGCAGCGUCUGGAACAGCUGAUCGACUUCUGAAUGGGCUUUUUCUGAGGCAGUAUGGUGUGACCUGCUAAUGUUGUGGAGGGGGGAAAAAAGGCGCUAGGACAAAGAUUUUUAACAGCCCGGGUGGGAACUGUAGAAAGAAAGAAAGAAAGAGGGGACUGAGAGAUAAAAAAGAAAAAAAGAGCGCAAAGAGGAUGAAAAUACAGGCGCCAAGUUGUGGAUUGUUAGUGGUGAAAGAAAGAGGGGGAGAGAGAGUGGCAGAAGUCACAGGUAAGAAUAAGUGCAAUGCUUAAAAAGGCCAAAGCCGAACACGACUGGGUCACCUCCACAGUGGUCAACUGGAAACGUUGCCUUCAGGGCACAGCGACUGAGUCUGAAUUCAGAGAGGAAAGGAGCACAGAGUGACAGACACAUUUUCAGACUUCAGGGUAUUUCAGUUCUUUUUAUUUUACAUAACGUCUAUAUUCCUCACAUAUUCGUCACAAUCUGUACUUGGCAGAUGUCAUUAUAAUGAAAACAGGCGAUAAAUUUACUGGCGUAUUUUUAAACUAAGGGCAUUUAAAGACUGUCUGGUCGCUCUCAUAGACUUCUCACCUUCUGAACUCUGAACUCCUCUUAAACAACAAGGAAAUUGGUCACUUUGGGACACCCUGUCCACAAUCGAACCCUGUCUUACAAGAGGGUGUGUAGAUUAUGAUACGAAUUUAUUUGAAUUUGAUUAAUUAAAACUCUAACCUAUCCUUUGGCAACAUCUGUUGUCUUGUUGUCCAUCUCCAGUCUGGUCUUUGUUGGGAAAAUACCACCACCCACUUGCCAAAUGCUCGCUGUUAAAUUAAUCAUCCUUACAGGCCAGAUUUUUCACUUUGAAAUGAUUUGAAAUGCAAGAGAAAAGCGAAGACGAGUGUCAGCGAGGGACGAUUUUUGUUAUGUGCCUCCUUUUUCAUCAGCAGCCGAACCUUGCGGGUUAAAAAAACCUUAAAUUGUUGAGCCUCUUGUGACCCGCCUGUCAGAUCUUAUACAGAUUGUGAUGACAAAAUUGGUCCAAAACACCUCGGGGGAGUCUCUCACCUGUGUGGCACAACUCAGAGAAAGGUGGACGUGUCUGAUAGACAGUUGAGCAGGGUCAGGGUGUAGCAGACACUGUAAACAGACAUUUGUGCUUACGUGAAUAGACCAUCGAGUGCAGUGACGACUUUUUAAUUCCUGUGACUUUUCGUCUUUGUUUAAAUCCAGUUUUCAAACGGUUUCAGGUGCAGAAAACGGGAGGAGUCAAAACGCUGUGAUAGCCCCUUCAAAUUAAAAGUCUGUACUUUAAAUCGUCUAAACGCACACUGCUCUGUUCAUAACGCAGCGCUAAAAUACCACACAGCUACACAUCUGGACUGACAUGACAGGUCGUGGUUCGGCCAUGUGGGCUUCAAACACACUCGUCUUGUGUACCAAACAGCCCCACACUCGCAGAAAUUACACCCGCUAUGACUUGGAAAUUGUGUGAAAACAACCCGUGACCUUUAAACCAAACAAAACGAACAUGUCUUUAAUAAAGUUAAGGAUGGUAUUUGUUGAUUCAAGCAGUUUGAUUCAUCUCAGCCCAGAAGCCUUCAUAGCAGCGGUGCCGUCACACCGACAGCAGAAAGACUUCCAUCCUGUCGUCUACGGCAACCGAGCUAACCACCAGACUUUGGCUGGGUGUGGCACGCUUGGUGUUGGCUUUGGGGGUGUGAAGUGUGUAUAUAUACAUGUGUAUGAGUGUGAGAAAGAUGGCCCUUUUUGAAUUAGUGCAGAUGUGUAUGCAUUAGAUCAUGAGUGAAAAAGAGAGAGGCCAGGGGGUGUAUCCUUCACAGGAGGGGAUUGUUUGUUCUGUUGGACCACACAGCGUCAGCUUGUCACCGUGUGUGUCCCUCUUUGAGAGAGUCUGUGAUUAUUUUUUAGUGUUAAUGUGCAACUAUUACAUUUGACUCAGAAAACAAAGUCCAGCUCAUGUGUGACUUUCAAAAAGAGUGACAGUCCUAAACAAAAUAAAGGACAAAAACACACAGAGGGUACUUUUCUUGUUUUGGUUUAGGCGAGCAGAAAGACGCCUUUAAAUUCAUAUUUAUUGAAUUUUCAUAAGGCAUGGAAAAACAUUUGGCUCAUUAACACAUUCAAAUGAAUUCAGACAAGAGGUUAGUAUUUACAUUACAUGCAUAUAUGCAUAUAAAAAUAUAAGUAAAAUCAGUUGUAUGGUGAUAAAGUACUGAGCUGUACAUCUCUUAGGUCUAAAAUAUAGACCCGCUCAUAAAAGUGGAAAUAUUCAAAUCAAUGUAAAGCAUAAAAGGGUUCUCAUAUUCUGCAAAACUCCUGCAGUAGGUGUCAGACGGAGGCUUAAAAACAACCAUCUUGUACUUUUUUCACUUAAAGUACUUACAGUGAGUGAUUUAUUCCACUUUCUAAAGAGAGAAGGAGAGGUUUUGGUCUGAAAACACAUCUUUUAUACAUACAGAACAACAGAUACGAUUUUUGUCCACAGGGGGCGCCAAUGUCAACACAAUUCAAAAGUUCCUCAUUGCAGCUAAUCGCGCUCAGACAAUGCAAAUUCCCCUGUUGUGGUAAAGACAGAAAGGGUAAAUGCUAAUAAUCUGUGAGUGCAGAAUUCCCCGGCCACCCCUGCCUAUGUCAGUGCCACCCCAGUCAGAAAGUCUGGACACGCCCCUGCAUAUCAGCAGAGAGGAAACAGAGGGAUGGGAGAGCUGUCAUGCUGUCAAGUUUGUGUGACAAAAGCUGCAGGAAAAUAUUUUUCAGCUGAUUUUAAAAGAAUGAGAGGAAACCCAGCUGAACUUUAAUUUGUGUCCCAGAAAGAUGAUAAAAAGGUGACUCCUGCACCGGUGGGAGGAGGCUCAACAGUCAGCCAGGAGUGAGAUAAUCUGUCUGGAGUAUUGUUUAUGAUAAAGUUAAAGGUCUGCGUACAGGAUGAAUAAUGUUCCUGUGAGGUUCUUAAAGAUUUGAUAGUGCCUGACCAGUAAAAGGUUUAUGAGCCAGGAGAGGGAGUUUAUAUCCUUUUGUAGAUUUUAAUGACACCUUUAGUGUCUUUGUAAAUCUUGUCCUGUCCAAAUGUCAGACAUGUUUUUGUAAAUCUUUUUGUGGAAAAGGUAAAAAGAGAUGCUGUCAGUCUUCUGAUCUGACACCUCCCCCCUCACAGGAGGCCUCAAAACUUAUAAUUUAUGAAAUAUUAACUGUCCUCCUUGUGGCUCUUGGUCUUGUUUGCUCUUGCAGGCCAUAGAAAACCAUCACCACUCAUUUUCGUCUGUUUCGUAACCAGCUACAACUUCUCAUGGGAGCUUAAGAACAACAGACCUGAUCAUGUGAUCACACCGUCAGCCAUGGAGGCAGUUGAUCAGAGUAAAACCGGAACGGGCUUUUCCGAUACAGCCCAUUUAGUUUUGGCAAAGCAGUGCCGGCUGCAGGUUGGGUAAGGGGCUUCAAGACAUUUGGAAUAUGUAAAAAAACAUGCCAGGCAGGGUCUGGCCGUGCACCGCAUGGGUGUGGGCUGUAUCCUGUGUGUUGCUGCAGCCUCACUGCACUGUGUGCCUUUCUCUCUGCGUAUCCGAGCAUGUGGUCUGUUUUUAUGCGCUACGUCUUCGACUCAUGAUGGACUUGAGUUUUGAGCUCUGGCUCUUGUCAUGGGAGUCGCUGAAGGGGUGUCUUUAAUUCGGUUUUGUUCUGGAUCAAUGAAGAAUGGCAGGCCAGCGCGUGUGUGUGUAUGCGUGUGAGUUCUGGUGUCUUAAUGUGUGUCUGCUGUGAGUCAUUGAUCAAAUAUUUUGCUUGCAGAGAUUCGGAGCACUCCCUCAAUGGGGCCUCAAACUCCGGCGUAAGCCCCUCCCCUGCGAGCCGAGCAGCCCCCUGAGUGGUCAGCUUCUGCGGCGGACUUGGCAUCCUACCUCCUCGGCCCCUCCCUUCAGACGUUUGGAUUUGCCAUGACUCAAACCUUUUUCUAUUUUUGAACUCUAAGCUCCCAUAAACAAUGGAUAGAAAUGAUGCCAGUGAACUGGUGCGCAGAGUAAAACCAGCGCUAAUGGAGUCAAACUGGUUGUGAUUCCUCUGUGAAGUGUGUUGUAGCUUUAAGUUCUGGCUCCUAAGUGGGGCAUUAACCUGAGUAAUAUGCCUUUUGGAUGCUUUUACAGCCAUUCUCUGUAGGAUGGUGGCCCCUUUAUGGAAACAAACCCCUCGCCCUCUCAGCAGCGGUGCCGUGCAUUCUUGAUUUUUAUCAAGAAAUUUCAGUUUGAGUCAUUCCCGGUUGCCUUCAGUCAUAUUUUAGUCCGUCUUGUGUUGCUUUAGUCAAGAUUUAGUCAGAGGAAGUCAUUCAUUUAGUCGAUAUUUUAGUCAAAAGUUCCUCAGACAGUUUUUCUGAGAGUUUUCAAAGAAAGAUAUUUCUUCUGGUUUUGAAAAUGUCAGUGGGAAGAAAGAGCACCUGACUAUUUUUAGUCGCCUUGGCUGAAAAUGUCUUUCCAACUCAUGCUCAUUUCUUGUCAAAGAAAAAAAAAAUGAAUGCCCAAAAAAAUCAUUAUGAAAAGUGCAGUGAGUCAGAUUUCAACAACACAGAUCUCCUCUUCACUACAUGGAGAUACAUUUAACCAAAGUGUUGAUGUAUCUCUGCUUGAGUUAGUGUGAGAAAUCAUAAAUCUGAUUUUUAAAAUGGACCUUGUACUGUGAGGUCGUUCAGCACCGUUACAGUGAACUAAAGCGCUGUAAGCCAAUCACCAACAGGUGUUCUGUCAAGUUUUGCUGCUUUGUCAGUGGAGGCUGUACUGUGGAAAUCGUUUCUAGUAGAAAGCUAGUUUUGGUGUCCUAGCGUAGACUAUAAACAGACUCGAGCUGCGCAAUGAGUUGGAUUCCUAUUUAGAUCAAGGCUCUGCAUGAUCGUACAAAUAUGACAAGUGAGACGAGACAAGGGCUGUCAAAAUUCCUCCAAAAUGACAUUUGAAUAUUCGUUCCAAAAAAAAAUUUGAACAUUGGAAUAUCCAGCUUACACAGCUUACAAAUAGCUCUGUCUCGCUCAGCAUUUUUUCUGUCGACCGUGUCUGCCCAAAAUCCGAAGAAUUUACAAACGGAGCUUCUAAGUUCACGGACGUGUUUUGUCGAGUCUCACUGCAGGUGCAGCUCCUGUGACUUGUCCCUGACCCGUCUCUACAGUGCACUCGCUUGCAAAGCAGCCGCUGUUUUUUUUUUUUUUUUUUUUUAAAUGUUAUUUUCCGUUUUUUCCCUCUGUUUAUUUAAUAUUCAAAUAUCAAUUUUCACAUUCAAAUUUCUUUUUUUUUAAAUAUUCGGCUACAUAUUUGAAUUUAGAAUAUUCAUUGACAUCCCUAGACUAAACCAGACUCUGACGACUGCUGAGCAUCGGAUAAAAUACACCUUCCCUCUCCUCCUCAACAGCGCGGCCCCCUCUCUUCCCUCAGACUCCUCUUAGUUUCUCUUCCCUGUACGCAGCUCAGAUCAAUGAGAAACAAAGUUUUGGACCGCUGUAUCUUUGACACUUUGUGCAACAGCAGUACAAACUAUCAUGCAGCCACAGGUGGAGACAGGAGAGCAGGGAAAGGAGGAGGAGAGAGUGUGUGUAUUGAAGUAAAGUCUGUGUUUCCCACAUAUAGAGGAUACUUGAUCAUGCCCCACCCACUUAUAUUUCUAUACAAAUCCUGCAGUGCUGUUUUAGUGUAGAUGUAUAAAAGCACAGUAAGUCCUCUUAUUUGUAAAUGAGUCUGGAUAAAUGCAUUUAUCAUCGAUGUGACACAAACAGGACACGAAACAGGAUCAUUGUAAUAAAAUAAUGCAGGAAGGCGGAAAACUGGAGCAUAGAAAAUGAUCAGAAUGACAGAAAAGAAAUGUGUGGUGCUAAAAAUGGUCACCUCCAUGUUCUGCUAAAAAAAAGAGGAGUAUUUCAAAUACAUUCAGACUGCAGGAAACAUGUUUUUGUGCAAUUUAAUGUUAUUAGUUUCAUUCUGUGAGAUUAAACCGAAAGGGUAUAAAUGCUCCUGUUAAAGAAAUCUCUUCGCAAAAAUAGCUGGCAAAAUUCAAAAAGAGUCGCAUCAGCUCAGCUUGCAGCCCCCUUGACAACCUCUGUCCACUGGAAUCACCCCAGGAACGCUCUUUUCAACCCUAACUCCCCUUUUUUAAAAACAGAGUCAUUUUAAAAGUUUUUUUUUUCUUUUUAACAGACCCAAAAUCUUGGAUCUGGGUCUGUUUGUUUUGAAGCGGAGGAGACCUCUGCAGGUAAUUUGGCUCAUGGUAGAAAGCUUGUGAACCCUUAACCCUGAAGGAAUCCAAAUCCAGAAACAAACCGAGUUCCUGGAAGCAAGUUGAGCUAAUGUCAGAGGCAGCUCAGCUAGCAGCUGUUUCGUCAGAGAGGAGACUUUGAAACCUGAAGCUGCUUCAUUCAUUGUUUUUACCAGGACAAGUCACUAAGACUUCAAACAAAUAUAAAAACAAACUAAACACUAAUAAACGUCAUCGAUUAGAAUAUUCUGGAGCCUCACUUUGUUCACGGAGCCGUACUGCUGCAAGGAUUUUUGAAAGAUUAGACCGUAGCCGUGACAGAAGAGACACGAAACAUGAUCAGCAUUACAAGGCAUCAUUGUGUAGUUGUGUUUUAGUUUACCAUCCGUGACUGUGCUGCUCUUGUUCUUACUCGUGUUUGGAAUGUGCUGUGAAUGGAGGAAAAAAAUGUCCACGAAGACGGGAAUCAAAUCAAAAUUAAAAUACCAUCUCAGGACACGCCGUCUUGAUAAGACGAAUAUGUCGCCCCGGAAGGAAGGUAUAACGUAUAUCUGAACUGAUUAUUUAACAGUACUCCCGGUAUGACGAUUGGUUUAACUUUACAUUAAAUUUGUAUCACAAGUGUAUAAAGAGUGUCGGUAAUUGACUUGACUUCUAUAAAACGCUGAGAGAAUAGUCAAUGUAGCGCAGCUGAAACAGCCUUGAAGUCAUAAUACAGCCUGGACCAGCCUUCCAGGUGGUGUCAUCUGACUUCCUCGUAUUGAUUUUGUAUUGAUAGAUGUCUCCUCUCUGCAGGUCGGCUAUUAUUUCUUUUUUUAUGGUUUUUAAAAGGAAGUGUCUAUAGCUGUCUCACUAAUACGAAGCACACAAGCACACUGACUGUACCAUAGAGGUGUAGUCAGUUUGUUAAGGUAAUAACACUCUACUGUGCUCUCCUCACCUCCUCCUCUCACCCUCAGGCCUGCUCCAUCUUCUCCUCUCCCUCCCCCCUCGUGGUCUCUCAGCCCGGUAAGGCGACCCAUUCAUCAAUAAUUGAUAAUUGGCUGGGACAGGUGAGAUGGAGAGGCAAUUUGUAGAGAGUAUGGUGUGGGUGCGCUGCCAGGAGAUUGGCUCCAGGGAAGAGAGGAGGAGGACCGAGGUUGGGGAGUUGAGUCGCUACCCGAGGCCGCACAGCCAGGGGGGGCAGGCAGCUGAGCUGGUGGACCAGAGGCAGGCAAGGCAGGCAAAUCCAUGGAUAUGUGCGCGCAGACGGAGAGUAAGGUUCAGGGCAAGGCAAGUUUUUUAAAACAGCCCAAAGUUGUUCUUAUGCCUGAAAGGGAUUCACAACUUGUACAAGCUGUAACACCUUUUAGACAUCUAACCUCAAAUUGAGCAAAGAAGAAAAAAAUCAAUUCCAAAAAUCGUAUCAGAGAAGAAAGAAAAAUAAAGUGUAUAAAAAAGAAAAAUAGAAAAGAGGAAUAGAAAAAUAAGAAAAGAAAAAAACCAAAGAAGUGAACCAAGAAAAGUGGAUGAAAAGAGGAAAAAGCAGAGCUAAUAAUAAAAGAUCCUCUUUACAGGAUGAGCUCACAUGUAUUUAUUUUUACAUACAGAGUAAAAGGAACUGAUUUAAUUGAAAAUGGUUUUCUUUAAAAAGGAGGAUGAUCCAAACAAAACCAGUCAUCCGCGUUGCUGCAGAAGAAAUUAAGCUUUACAUUCAGAUGAUUCCACGAAGGAGUGCUUACCUGUUCGAUCCAGAUGCACAUACUGAAUACAUGUAUGGAUAUUUUUCUGGGCUUGCUUUGAUUAUUGAACACAUUCCCCACAUCUUUUAAUUAUGGAAGACCUCUGCAUGCAUUUCCUGAUGUGCAGCACACUUUGUUGCCUCAAGGAAGAACAUUUAUGACCAUUUCUUUAUCAUUUCCUUGGAGUAAUAAUCACCAUAUUAAUCAUUUUGCACUGCAGAUAUAGUAGUUCUUCUGCCUUAGUGUCUUGGUCUGAUUGCAUUUCCAUGAAGAAAUGAUCAUAAAUGUUCUUCCUUGAGCUGCGAAACCCCGCUGUAGUCCAUAAUGGACUGGCCUGAGGUCUCGCUACAAACAAGUGGCUACUGGAAGAGAGUAGGUGAGUUGUGUUUAGUCUCUUUGCUAAAGAAAUUAGGCAAAGUUAAAAAGUGUUCGACCCUAAAUUAAUUUUACGCUGGAAUAUCCCUUUAAGAUCAGACUAUGUGGCGUCCACAAUCUCCAAAGUAGAUCAAUAAAUCUUUCAGUUUUAAUAUUGGAUGUGCUCUGUUUGUACUGUUUUAUUCAAUAUCAGGUUAGAAUUAUUUGCAAACUGUCUCAUUUUGUUUUUAUCAACUUGUCGCAGCAUCCCAACUUCUUUUUGGAACUGAGGUUGUUGUUUCUAUCGAAUGUUUUUAACAUAAGUGCUGGCCAUCAGACGGUCUCGACUCGCUGUUUUCUAACUGUCAUGUCACCUUUGUUUUUAGCUGUAUGAUUUCUCCGGAUAAUAGAUUACAGUUAAUGUAAAAAGCUUGGCUGGAGUUAGCUGCAGUUCUUCUCUCAGCGCCCAAGAACCCUCACCAAAAGUGUGUCAGAAAGAAACUGAUUUCUCACCAGAAACUGCUUCAUUUAGACGGUUUUAACACUUUAAGCAAGAAUGUGUCUGAAAAGAGCAGAACGCUCCCCGCCAAAAAAAAGAAAAACAUCUCGUUAACAUUUAUGGGUAAUUUUAAGGCUUUUGAGUUUAUGCAGAUUGAGAUUCGACCGCCAAAACGCAGGUCAACUCCGGGUCUCUCCGUCUACUGAUUCAAUUUGCCGACUUUCAGGGGUCAGCUGUAGUUAGGGCCAGUUCUUAUCUCGCUGUGAGUUUUUGCCUGUGGCGCAUGAACACUUUGAGAAGGAAGAGCCAGUUCUACCCAUAAUUAAUAAACUUCUCUUGCAAUUUAAAUUGGACUCCGAUUUUUACUAUUAUAGAUUUUUAUGCUAAUGCGGCGGCUCAUGGAGAAAACAAGAGCAGCAGUUUGAAGCUCAUUACCCGACUGGAUAACCACAUAGAGCGGAGAACAAGAACGUAAAGACUAAUGUAAAACAUGUGUUCAUCAUGUUCUGAAUGAGAUUAUGAAAUACCCACAAACCACAUGUUUUGGUCAUGUAUGACACACACACACGGUUUAUUGGACAUCUCUCUAACACACAGUUAAUAUCUCCACCUGAUUUCCUGUCCCAUUUAAUCUUGUUUUUAUUCCUUUUAUUAAUAAUCUCGCUCCAUAUCGGGCUGCGUAUUUUACAUGGCAGGAGAUGGAGUGAGGCUCAUGCUGUGUGUGUCUGGGCGCUGAUGGUGUGUGUCUGCUGGGUGCUGAGUGCCGGGCAGAGUGAGGGAGUGAAGGAGUACUUAUUGAUUUUGGCCACACAUCUCUUCUCCUGAAAAUCCCUUGAUUGCUUUUGUUCUGCUCCCCGUCUCCCUCUUUCUGUCUCGCUUCCUCUAAUGAAACUCCAAAUGAAUUGGAGCACGUACUGACUGCUCUCUUUCUCUCUCUCUCUCUCUCUCUCUCUCCAUCUCUCUCUCCUUGCCGAUUUCUCUAUCGCGCCCCCUUCCUCCUCUCCCUCUCUCAUCUCCUCGUCCUUACGUCUCUCUGUCUUCAUCUUAUGCUCCCUUCGCUCUUUAUCGCUCUCGUCACACUUUGUCCCUCUGUGAUCGUCUCGCCUAUUUCAUCCGUCUCUCUUUUUUAUCUCUUUCCCUGUCCAUCUCGCCUCCUCUUUCCCUUACUUUCCAACCUUCAUUUCCUCCACCCUCCUCAUCCACACAUGAGGAAGGGAUUGUGGCGGUGGAGAUGUUUCUACCAGCAGCAGCAGCAGCAGCUCAGUCUUUUCUUGCAGAAUGACGCAGACACAUGACCGGCUCAAAUGGGCUGAUAGUCCUUCAGCACUCACUCUGUCCAUUUUUUCCCUGGGCUGUUUUUCACCCUCUGACUUCUGAAUCUUGCUUUUUUUUCCACGACAUGGACUGAUUUUGUUUGUGCAGGGGUUAUAAUCCAAGAUUUUUUGAUUGAAUUCAGGAUGCAGGGAUCACUCAAGGUUACUCCUGAAUGGAUGCUCAGUCAUUACACAAUACCAAUAAUCCAGUCCUCUGUGAAAUGCAAAUCUGCAACUUCAACCUCUGUUAAGAUCUGGGUGUAUUUUCCAAACGCAGAAUUAUAAAUAGGAUUAGACUGAUUAUUGGCAUUGGUCGAUUAUCAGGGCCGAUAUUUGGCAUUUGACUGAUAUAUUUGGGAUUUGUGUUUUGUUUUAUAGAUGGCUGAUGAAAUUAUUUGAUUAAUUUAAAAGCAUGCUACUUUCGCUCGGCCACUUUAGGCCCGUUUACACUCCCUGCUCUGCCUCACCUAAUGUCCUUUUCAAAAUGAGAUCUGAUUGGCUGGAAAUAACACGACUGUGUCAAAAUUGCCCUCUGAGUGUAUCUGGUAGACUGUUACCUCCUGUGUGUGAUGUUGAAAAUGUCAUUAGGGACUGAAAAUUUACUGAAGGUAUAUUAAAGGAGUUGUGUAUUAAAACUAGACCAAUUAUCAGCCUUGACUGACUAUUGGGGUGUAAUUAAUCCAAACAAUAGUUGAAUUAUUAAUCCAAAUGUGUGCUACUUUGGCAGCAACAUUGGUGUGUCUUUCCCCCUGGGUUUGUUUUCACGCACCACUUUGUCUCAACAUUGGCCGAUCGUCAGAGGACUGUGCGUAACUAUACCAUAGGUGUAAGAUACUCCUACAUAUGGUGUUGGACAUGUCAGUUUGGAUUAAACACUUGCUGAACACAGUUUCUGCUGGGUCUUUAAAAAGUCUUAAAAUCCAAUAAUUUAGAUUUAAGGCCUUAAAAUGACUAAAAUUCUCUUAAAACCUCAUAAAAUGCCUUAAAUACAAAUUUGAAAAGUCUUAAAAUGUAUUGAUGUUACUUACAAAUAAGUCUUUUGUACUUUUUUGCCAUUAUGGAUAUAAAAUGGAUCUUAAAUUGUAUUCAUUAUGGUCUUAAAAAAGUCUAAAAAAAUCUUAAAUUUGACAUAUUGAAACCUGCAGAAACCCUGGCUAAAGUUGUCAUUCUUUAUGUAAAUGUAAAUUGGUUCCUAAUAUUAGUUUUCAAUCCCAUGAACUACUAAUAUCAGCAUCAGUAUCGGCCCUAAAGACACAAUAUCAUAUCGACCUCUCAUUAUGAAAAAUAUACUUAAUUUUAUCUGAAGUCUGAGCAUCUUUUGAGUUGAAAACAAUCUGUCUUUGUGGAUAUAAGCUGAAAAUACCAACUGCUUGACAUAAACAAAAAGGCGGCUGGAUAUGACAAACAGUUCGUACAGUCAGCAGCAGCAACUUAUAAACAAACUGUCCCAAAAAGGAGCUUCUCUGUCUCUGAUGAGUUGGAUGUUCUCGUCUCAAGUCUGUACCUCAUUUAUUUUAAAUAUGGAGUAGACUAACACCAAUGUGGACCACAACUAUUUACUGUCUGUGACGAUGAUAGGAGUGCAGUUCUUCAUCACUGUACCUCUUAUUGUGUAAUUUAUGCAACAGUAACCCAAUCCUAACCCUCAUGCUGUUUCUCAUCCAUUCAACUUUAGUAGAGCCAUCUCAGACAGAAGAUUUUUUUUCAUUGCUAAAGUUUGAAGAUGAUUUUUGCUUUUCCUUCUUGUAGUUUUUUUUUUGAUUAUGAGUCUCAGAUUUUGUGCUCGCUGCAGAAAUUACAUAAAAAAAUUAAACACAGGGGAUUUUCUUUCUCUUCAAGUCUCACACAACUUUUAGUAAUCAAGUCUGUGAAUAUUCCCCGAAAGGAACCAAAAACCAAUAGUGAAUCUCAACUAAUGGAUUUUUUCAGGGCCUCAGCACAAUGGGAGAAUUUAUUUGUCUUUCUUUCCUUCCUUUUUUUUUCUUGGGUGUGUUCAAGACAAAUGAAGCUCAUGAUGAUUACCUAAAUGGUUUAUAUUGAAAACACAUUUAUGUCUGUUAGGGGGGGAGAGAGUUGGAAGAGAGAUCCUCAUUUUAAUGUGGUUUGAUAAAUAUUUCAGGUCUAAUGUAGAAGCCAUCAUUGAGAUUUUAUGUAAAAUACCUGCAUUUGUAAAAACAAAUCUCCCCGGGGACUUCAUUGUUCCGCCUCAUCAGGUGUGCAUCCUUGUGCUUUAUAUGCGCUCGCCGAGCACCUGAGACUGUUUUUGGCUCCAGUCGAUGGAUUUGCAAUCCCCCCCACACACACAUCCCUGUUUUCCCCGAGGAUGUCAUUGUUCCACCUCGUCUGAUGUGUGUAUAUUUGACCUUUGACCUCUUUUUUUUUUUUUUCAUCCCUCAGGGGAGCUGGAGGAGGAGAUGGAGAAUCCAGAGAUGGCCAACCUCCCAGAGAAACAGAAACACCAGCUCAGACACAGAGAGCUUUUUCUGUCCCGGCAACUGGAGUCUUUACCCGCCACGCACAUCAGGUACGUCACCGUGCACCGGCGGAUCAGUGUUUGCUAAAUCUUGCUUUUUGUUUAACCCAACUCAAAGUGGACUCACAUGGUUAAGACAGAAAAAUCAGUGAAUAAAACUAUCUGAAAGGAUUUUUUGGAGAAUAUCUUCACCAAAGCAGCGAAAUAAUAACAGCAGAUCAUAAAAUCAAAGUCAAAAAGCAACAUUAGGAAACAAUAGUCCUUUUAAAAAGCCGUAAAAUUUAAUUAAAGCAGGAAAGGCUCUUUUGAGAAUGUUGGAAUGAAAUCAUAAAGCGUAUCCGCCCAUAUUUUCUGAUAACCACGUUAACAAUAAGUGUGAUUUAUUCCUCUGGCAACUUUGUGGAAGCACAGCAGAGCAGCAGCUGUCAUAUGAGUUCAAACCGCAGCCAGACGAACUCCAGUCAACUAAGUACGUCGAUACAAAUUGUGCUGCAGUGUGAUUUCAUGCUGCCCACUGUGCGAGGAGUUCUCCUCACACCAGCAGGACUCAGAAAAGUUGGUAAUCUCGUCGAAAAGUUUCAGCUGUGCAGUCUGUUGCUUUGUAACUCUCCAUCUGACACCUCAUUGAGGCUGUGAUUUAGGAUUUCAACGCUGCGAAUAAUACGGGAAGAUAAGCAUGAAAUAUGCCUGUUGUGUUGUGGAGAUUUGUGCGUGAUUGAUAAAAUAGGUUGUGCUGAUGAGGCGACGGUUUCAUCGUUCCUUUCUAGAGCAUUUGUAAUGAUACUCUAAAGUAAGUAAUAGGGCUGCACGAUUAAUAAUAAUUGGAUUAAUUGAGUUUGACAAUGUAAAAAAUUUAAAUCAUCAAAUCGAUUUUGCUCUGUUGCGCCUCCAGGCCACCGUAGGCUUCCCCUUCCUGUGAGAGGGCUCCCCAGUUCCCACACACACCAGGGUAAACAAACAUGGCGUUUGUAAAAGACGGCGAUAAUUUCGUAUCUAAAUAGGGCAAGAGUAAGUCCGUCAUGUGAAAUUGGUACGGCGUUGCAGUUUCGGAUGAGGAGCAAACCACUCCCCGCUGCAAAGUCUGUCUGAAGGUGGUAUCAACCUGUCCACACAGAGACGAGUUUAGGAGUAAACGCAAAAGUUUUUGUCAUAUUGGCAUUUCAUCCGCACGGAAACAGCAUUUCAGGUGACUGUAAACUGUACUUUUUAAAAACAGAAACGAGAGUGCAUUAAUCCGUAAACGACUACCAUUUCAUCUCUGUGUGGAUGACUAUCUGCAUCUCUUGAAACAAUUAUGUGACACACAGCGUAACUCUUUUAUGGCGCCUGUGCAUGUCCGGCCAAAGUAACCAUUAUACACAUGCUCUGUACUCUUCUUCUGUCUUUUGUGCAUUUCCUGUGCAGCGUUACAGCGCCACUUACAGGCUUGGCAUAUGCACCACAUCAUUUUCAGUGGUUUAAUUUUGAGAGAUCAUAGAAAAACUUUUACUUAAGUGAAGUUUGGCGAAGUUGUCUCUGAAUAAAAAAUUGAGUUUUCAGAGAAAAAAAUCUGGAUUUUAUUUUUGGCCAAAAUCGUGAAGCCCUAGUAAGUAAUAUGUGUAAUUUCACAUUUCUUCUUGCUAAUUCAUAAACAUUUAAAGCGCAAAUAUCCAUACUCUCUAAAACUCACUAUCAGACACGUCUUUCACCUGUAUUUUAGAGCUCUUUACAAUCAGAUAUGAAAAAUACAGAAUUGCAUCUGCAGUGAGGGACAUCAUACUGUAAACACCUGCAACCAACGUGCAAUUAAAAGUGACACUGCGGCAUGCAACCUCCGAGUUUGAGUGUGUGGGUGGUCCACAGCUGGUGGAGGUUAAGCCGAGGGCGAGGUAUGCCUCCUCAUAAUUUCUUGUCUGUGUUUCAGUGGAUGUUUGGCGUAGUUUCAUUCUCAGUCUUACCUUUACCUGUCAGUCACUUUGCAGAGCUCCUUCGAUUAUGAACAAACGAGACUUUGUGAAUCAGUGAACAGGAAAUCUGUCUUUGAUGUGAAGAUGACAAAUUGGGGAUCAAAAUAUUACUAGUAUUGCGAAAAAGAAAAUCCAAACUCUGUCCUUUAAGGUGCAGACUGGUUUGUGCCUUCAAGAAUACAUUUCACAAUUUAAGCUAGGGCUGGGCGAUAUGGCCUUGAAUCAAUAUCACAAUAUAUUGAGCAGUUCACCUUGAUAACUAUAGAUGGAGUAUAACUACUCCACAAGCUGCUCACCCCACUCCCACAUUAACUUAGUCUACUUCAGCCGCCGCUCCAGACGCUACAACUUUUGAACCGUCCUCCAUCUCCUCACCUGUCUUUCCCUCUUUGUUACAAACUGGAUGGGGUGGAGUCAUGUCUCUGAUGUAGGACAGCGUCUUUCAAGGACAUGAGACCAUAGCCUACCUACACACAUCCAACAUACUGACAUGGCCAAAGUGACAUCGUUAUUGUCGCAAAUUUUGGUAUCUGUAAAUUUUUUGUUUAUCGCCCAGCCCUACUUCAGAAACACACUGUUAAAUGCAGCUGGCUUACUAUAAUUGUUUAUAUUUUCUUGAUAUUCACAUCCAGAACCAACUUUUAUUUAUUUAUAUUUUUUACACCAAAUAUAUGAAGAUGGGCAAAAUGACUUCGGUUUUUGUUGUAAAUUUUAAUAACUGGUACAAUGUGUUAUCGGUUAAUUUUCAAUUCAUCGCCCAGCCCUAAUUUAAGCAUUUUCAACCAAUCGUCUCUACAUUUUUUGUCCAGUCUUGUCUUUUUUCAAUCACCCUCAUGUACAUGAAGUAAAUCCUGCCCUUUGAGCUCUUAGUACUUGUCUGUAAAAACAGCCGCCCCCUGACUGAUUUGGAUGAAGAUGUGAUCAUUUAUUAACUCCCUCGCUCUUAUUCUCUGCCUCCUGUCUGUGCAGUCAAACAAACUCAAAAUAAUCCACUCAUAUGCAGCGUGAACAUGGAGCGCUAAAUGUCAACACCGAGCUAGUUCCCUACAUAUAUAGAAACUGCCUUUGCUCAUCUGUAAUCUCCCAACAAACCCACCUCAUCAUUACCACAUUAUUACUUUGACAUUUCUGCUGAGAGGCAGGAAGUGCAAACUGACAUCUGCUGGAACAAAAACACACUGAUUGGCUGUUUAUUCAGCGAGAAUUCAGAUGUUAUUAAGAUUUCUGACUCAGCAGGGUUAUGCGAGCGGUUGAGUUUACCACCUGGCCAAAUUGUGUCCGCUCCAGGCUGGAGAGGUAUGACUAAUUACCUGGUAAAUAAUUAGAAUAGAGACUGCAGCAUGGGACGGAGAUGAGUGCUUUCAGUGUCAACAAACCGGACCGUGAUUCAACAAAUAGCUGCCUGAGCCAGCUGGAGCAAAAUCAAUAUUGUAGCUGCGGAUUCAGAGAUGCAUCCGACAUCAAAGUACCUUCUGAGACAGCUCAGAAGAGGGUAGCAGCCUUCAUCUGGUACUUAUGUAACCUGCAUCCCCCUGGACUCAAAGUCUUGAAGGUUAUUCUGUGUUUCUCAUGUUAAAUAUUUACUUUCUUCCCUCCCUUAUGUCCUCUCUGUCCUGUCUUUCCCAUCUCAAACUUUUGUGACAUCCCUGUUGCCCUUUUUUCUCAACUUUUUCCCCUGAUUUACUUUCCUCUCUCGACUCCAGGGGGAAGUGCUGCGUGACGUUGCUGAACGAGACAGAAGCCCUGAAGUCGUACCUGGACAGAGAGGUGGGUACACCAGCCAAAUAACAUGUUGACAUCUUUGUUAGCUCUGAUCAGGUGUGUUGGACUUGAGGAUUAUCUAAGAGGGAGAGAGGGAGGGUUCGACUUAUGAGUAAAGAGAUUCUUGUUUCCAGAUGAAUAAUUCAGCAUGUUGACCCAGAAUGUUCUUUUCACGUACAGUAAUGAGGAGACGAGAGACUAGCAGAGGGGAGAGUACACACUCACACACACACACAUGCAGAGGAAGAUAUACUCCUUCUCGUUCACCUCUCUGUUUGCCCGUCUCUCUCUGACUAUUUCUUUCAAUCCCAUCCUCACGGCUUCCUGACGUCUUUAUCCCCCAGGAUGCCUUCUUCUACUCGCUGGUGUAUGACCCCCAGCAGAAGACUCUGCUGGCUGAUAAGGGGGAGAUCCGUGUCGGGAACAAAUUCCAGGCUGACAUCACUGACCUCCUGAAUGAAGGUACACCACGCUUAAAUCUUGGGCGAUUUAAUUGACACAGUUUUAUGUUUUUUUACUACGCAGACUGAACCAUAAUGAACCGUUCAGCCUUUAAUGUGCGUAUGAUUAUACAAUUCCCAGGAACAUUACAUGAACUUUAAAUGGCCUUUUAUGCCUCAAAUUGGAGCCUUGUUGUGUGUUUUUUUCAAUGCAAAGUCAAGAAAAUUACAAAUAUUUGGCAAACAGAGUGUGAGGAAACAAUCAAACGUGAUAAUUUUGACAGGGUUAGCAGUUUGAGGGGGAAGUCAACGGGAUUAGAUGGAGAGCUGGUUGGAUUUAACACAGUAGAGAUUUAAAGGGUCAAACUGCCACCAUCAGUAUGAAAUUGUGUUCAGGUUAAACAAAAAGAAGAUAACAGCGAUGUGUUUUUUAUGUGUGUUUACAUGCAGGAUCAUACAGUUGUAUCAGAGCAGGGCGCUGGUUCAGGUUAGCUGUCUGCUCCAUAUUUCAAAGGUUUCACACUCUUGCUGCAAAGAUCAAAAAGCCCCAAAAAGUUGCUUAAAAGUGGUUUCAUUUUAGAUUACAAGCUGUGCAAAAAGAGUGUUACUUCAGAAUAGGGCUGGGUAAUAUGGCGUCGAAUCAAUGUCAUGAUAUAUUGAGCAGCUCACCUCAACGAUAAAUGGAGUAUAACUACUCCACAAGCUGCUCACCCCCUCCCAUAUUAACUUCGUCUACAACUUUUGAACCGUCCUCCAUCUCCUCACCUGUCUUUCCCUCUUUGUUACGACUGGAUGGGGUGGAGUCACGUCUCCAAAAUAGGACAGCGUCUUAUACACAUCCAAAACCAACUUUUAUUUAUUUAUUUAUUGACACCGAAUAUACUGACCUGAGCAAAGUGACAUUGGUAAUUGUCAUAAAUUCUGUUAUCAGUAAAUUUUCGGUUUAUCGCCCAGCCCUACUUCAGAAACAUACUAAUAAAUUCACCUAUCUUAAUAUAAUUGUAUAUAUGUUCUUGAUCUAGAAUAUGAUGCAACAAUUAAUGAUAUUUUUAUUUUGACAAUUUCCCUACUUUUAUGUCCUGUUUUGUAAAAUUAUGCUUUUAUUUUGAAAUUCCACUAUUCACACUUUUUCUGAAUGAAAGAACAAAAGAACAGUUAAGCAGUGGAAACGGUCAGACAGGGACGCUCUUCUCAGGUGGUGGUGGUCAGGUGGAGACAAUGGCAGUAGCAAUUAACCGCCAUCUUGAGGCUCCUUAAAGCCUCUUCUCGUCCUCCCCUGUGAAUGAAUGUGAACUCCUCUGAAACUCAGAGUUCAAACAUGAACAUCCCACACGGAGUAUUUUGAAUCUCUGCAGUCAUUCAGUGAUAAAGUUAUCUCUCCAUAAUCAAAUCCAUAAUCAUUCUGCAUCAUCAGCAGUACGAUCAUGUUUUCCAGCCAGGCUUUUGUGCUGUUAUUCCGUGUUUUUUUUAAAGGUGACUCUUUUCCUGCCAGUUUAAAAGCUUUCAGUCUGUUGCCAGAAUUUUAUUCUUAGCAGGUGGAAAAACCUCUGAAAUUGCAAUUAGGGCACCAUGGGACUCUAAGCUCUGUAAUUAAACUCAUGUUAAUGAAUUUCUGUUACAUGUGUUAGAACUCAGGCAGGUUGGCUGGUUCGUUGCAGGCUGGCAGCCAGACAGACCCCCUCCUAUUCAUCUCUGGGAUUCAUUAUAGCUCCUCAUGAGGUAGUCGCUUUUGAAAAAAGGCAAACAAACAAGGAGAGGAAUCCAGUUUGAUUUGAGAUUCAGUGUCUCUUUUUUUGUACAGUGGACUUGUAAAGCAGACUUGAGCAGAAUAUACGGAUUAACUGUGUCUCUGUCUGUGUUCUCUCGGUUGUUACAGGUGAAGAAGAUGACAGAGACCUGGAGAAGCUAGAGGAGAAGGUCUGGGACCCAAACAGCUCAUUAACAGAGAAACAGAUUGACCAGUUCUUAGUGGUAGCUCGGUAAGUCGAAUAAAAGGAAAGCAGAAGAAAAAAAAUCUCGAGAAAGGAAGGUGAUAUUUGAAGAACAUGGAAUUGGUGGAGAAAAUUGAAGACGAAGUUUUUAGCUUAUCCUGGUGCAAAGACUGGAAACAAGGUUUGAAGAGACCAAAGUUAAGUCCAGUGAAGCUGUAAUAAAACACAAACUCCAGGUGUUAAGUAUUGUAUAAUAUCUGCAUUGGCUACCCGUCUCUUUUAGAAUAGAUUUUAAGGUUGCUUUAUUGGUUUUUAAAGCUCUUAAUGGCUUUGACCCAUCUUAUUUAUCCGAUCUGCUUUUACAGGUAUAGUCCUCAGGUCUUCAGGAAGUUCUCUGUUAACCUUACCUAAAGUUAAAACUGAAACAUACAGUUAGGCAUCUUUUAAUUACUACAGCCCCCGUCUAUGAAACAGCUUACCUGAAGACCUGAGGACUGAAACUAAUCUUAAUGACUUUAAAAGCAAACUGAAAAAGUACCUUUUCGGUCUUGCUUUUAACUAAAUUUUAUAUCAUUAACUUUAAGUGCUCUUAUUUAAGUAUCUUUUACUGUUGUUUUUAUUCAUUUUAUUUAUUAUUUCUUAAAUUUCAUUCUAUGUUACUUUGUUUUUAGAUUUUAACCUAAACCUCCCGUGUUAUCUUGAGUUUUAAAAUGACGUUUUCUCACAUUCGCACAUUUCUGUUUCCUUGAAAUCAAGCCCUUUUAAAGUUACUGUAUUUUUAUACUGUUUCUGUUGCUUUUAGAUCAUGGCGUGGGAAUGAGGGGUUGGGUUGGGGUAGAUUUGAGUAGUCUUUGUUUCUUUUAUUUCAGGGUUGGGGUAGAUUUAGGCAUUCUUUGUGUCUUUUACUCCUGGGUUGGAGUAGAUCUGGAUAUUCUUUGUGUCUUUUAUUCCUGGACUGGUGUGGAUUUGGGUAUUCUUUGUUUCAUUUAUACCUAGGUAGUGGUAGAUUUAGGUAUUCUUUGUUUCUUUUAUUCCUUUUCUGUUUAAAACACUUUGUGCUACAUGGUCGUGUAUGAAAAGUUCUAUAUAAAUAAAGACUGAUUGAUAGAUUUGAACUAAAAGUGAAUCCUGCUCUCUCUCAGACUUAUCUUUAAUGCUUCUCCUCUGUCGUAGGUCUGUAGGCACAUUCGCUCGAGCCCUGGACUGCAGUAGUUCAGUCCGGCAGCCCAGCCUUCACAUGAGCGCUGCGGCAGCCUCCAGAGACAUCACCUUGGUGAGAGACACAUCCAAAGCAGCCUUGGGUGAAAUCAGCAUCUCACCACAGAUGUAAAGCGUAGUGGGAGUGUGGUGAUGUUAAUCAAAGGAAAUGCUUGUAGUGCACAUGUGUGUUUGUGUGCUUAUGUAUGUGUGUGUGAUGGUGAUUGUUGAAACCUGUGUGUGUGUUUGUGUGUGUAUGUGUAUGUGUGUGUGUGGUUUAUCCCUAACAAGCACUUGGCCCCAGAAGCCUGGUGUGGGUCUGUUCUGUCCCAGAUCUUAUCCUCAUAUAUAAAACAUAGAUGAGAGGCCUUCGAGCUACCCACAUGCUCACACACACAGACACACAGACACACACACACACUUACAACCCAGAGCCUUGGACAAGGAGCUGCAUUUAAACUCCACGGACCCACCGAGAAUAAAAUUGUGUUAUCCUCUCUCCAACAGCGCCAGACCUCCAGAGAUUAAUUACAUAAUUGUUUGAUAAAUGAUGGAAAGUCCGGGAGUUUAAGUCGUGUUUUUAAUGUGUGUGUUUUAGUUCCACGCCAUGGAUACCCUCCACACCACGGGUUAUGACAUGACUCGAGCCAUCGCGGCGCUGGUGCCUCAGGGCGGACCCGUCCUCUGCAGGGAUGAGAUGGAGGAGUGGAGCGCCUCUGAGGCCAACCUGUUCGAGGAAGCGCUAGAAAAAUACGGCAAAGACUUCACCGACAUCCAGCAGGAUUUUGUGAGUGAAAAAAAAGUCAAAAAUCAAAUUCAGCAGACAGACACACUUUAAUUUCAUCCACUUUCUUGACACAAGUUGUCACUGAGCGACUCACUGGUUUCAGGAAGAGCUAACAGUUGUGGUAACUUAACUUUGAUUACGAGACUCCAGAAAGUAAUUAAGAGUCACAGGAAGAAGUGAUUUUUACAGGUGAACAAACAGGAGAGACAUAUCUGAAAGGGAGCUCCAGUAAAAAAGAGGACUGUAGAUUCAUGAGACUUCAGCUCACAGCAGGAGGUGUUUUCAUCUUUAUGAGUCAGAGUUCAUCAGUAAAACUUUGUUAAUUCAAGAAAACCUAAAGUACUGCGGGAGGAGAAAAACUCAUGAUGAUGCAACACACAUACAAACAAAUCAUUAUAUUAUAAUUUUUUAUUAAAUAUUAUUAAAUGAAAUAUAUUCUUUCUUUUUUCUUAAAUUUUCUCUUUUUUUUUUAUUUUUCCGGCAUUUGCUUUUUUCUUAUUUUUUUCCCUCUGUUUUUCAUUUUUUUCUUUCUUUUUGCUUUCUUAUCUUUCAUUUCUUUGUUUUUAUUUCUUAAUGUUCUUUCAUUUAUUCUUCCUUCUUUCUCAUUUGCUUUCUUUCUUUUUCUUUCUUUCCUUCCUUAAUUUUUUUUCUUUUUUCUUUCUUUUUGUUUUUACUCUUUUUCUUAUUUGCCUUUCCUCUUUUUUCCUUCCUAAUAUUUUCUUUUCUUUCUUUCUUUUUUCUUUUUCUUUCUUUCUUUCUUUCUUUCUUUUUCUUUUCUUCUUUCAAUUAGCUUUCUCUUUUGCUUCACUUUAUAUCUUUCUUUUAUUUUCUCUCUUUUUCUUUAUACAUUGCCCUUUUUCUUUAAUUUUUUCUUUUCUUUUUUCCCUUAACUUUUUUCUUUCCCUCUUUUAUAAUUCUGUCUUUUUUGCCUUUUCUUCCUUUGCUAUCUUUCUGAUUUUCAUUUAUUCUUCCUUGUUUCUCUUUUGCUUUUCUUCCUUAUAUACUUUCUUUAUUUGUUUACUUUUGUUUCAUUACUGACAAACUUAUUCACAAACAUAUUCUUUUAAAUUUGUUGGUGACUAGGAAAAUAAUCAAUUAAAAUUUUCUUAUGUAGAGGUUUGCUGCUGUAACUGAUGUCUUGCAUAUAGAGAUUAUAACUAUUUCCAGUGUCAGACUGGACACAAAGAAGUUUGAUGGUUGUUUUUGUGAGUGGAGGAGAAACUUUGGCCGUUUAUAACCCUCGACUGUCUUUGGGUUUAGAAAACUCAGUCAGUGUUGGUUUGCUGUUGCUGCUGCUGCUGCUGCAACUCGAUGUAUCAUUCAACAUUCAUGCUCCUCUGUGGUGUUCACACCCAAACUUUAUAAGAAGGACUGAAAAAGAAAAAUCGUGAUCUGAUGUUUGAAUCUGUUAAAAUCUACAUGAUAGAAACAAUUUUAGGUUGGGUCAGUAAAAUGAAGGUAGAGACUUGGAUCGUUAAGGAGCCUCAAUCAUGUGUAUGAAAAUUAAUCAUCCCCAACCCUAACCCUGUUGUAAGGUUUAAAAAAAAGUGAGACUGCUCCUUUUUUUUCCCUGUGUGCUUCUUUUAAAGAGUGGUUCGGCUCAGCUUGAUUGAAUAGUGCAGCGGGGACAUGUAAAAGUGUCUUGUUGAUGACUUUGAACGCUGCUCAUCAUUUCGUAGGAGGAAGCCUGUUGUCAGAUCGUGAGGCAUGCUCAGUCAGCGUUCAGAUGCUGAAACCUCAGAAUCUGGAAUCAACAGGACUUCAUUUCAGCAUGAAGACGAUGUUCUGCAGAAUGAGUGUCAGACACAGUUGUCGUCUUGUUAAAUACUCAGAGACAGGCUCCUCAGACACGUCUUUGAGGAGGUUAAAACCAGGCGAGAUCUUCUUUCUGCUGGAGCUCUGUGCUCUCAGCCGGAUAAGAGCGAUGCUGCUGCCUUUUGUGGACUUGGUGCUCAGCUCUCACUGUGUGCAUCACUCCACCACCUGGUGGCCGGCUGCUGUCAGUGCCUCUCACUCAGGUUUCCACCCAGACCUCCUCCUCAGACAACACAACCUCACCAGCAUUAUGGGUGGGGCCUCGCGACUUCACAGCUCGAUCCGCUUUCAAACUUCUCAGAGGGAACUUAACGGCUGAACGUCUGCGGGUUCAGAGUGUCUGUGUGUCUGGCUGUGUCGGUCGUUUAUCUUGAGAAUCGUACGGUGUUAAAUCAUUUGGCCUCGGAGUUAUGCGCCACAGUCACUGUUUUCAGCAGCUGAACAGAAUAUAGAAACGCUCUGACUCACUUAAAAGCAUUCAACAGUGAAUAGAAAAAAAGUUCACUCUCUGUUUCGCCUCUUUGGAGAUCAUAACUGGCAACCCCUUUGGUGCUGUCACCACUCGCAUUAACUUCCUGGAGAACCAAAACAAUGGAGUGGCUUUUUUAUUUUGAAACAGGAUUUUGUAAUUUCUUUGAUUUAAGUUUUUUAAAGCUCCGAUGAGGAAUUUUUUAACACUUGUAAAACAGACCGAUGCCUUUUCAGGUCAUCUAAAUGCAAACAAGAUGAACAGGAACAAGACUGCAGAAUUUAAUAUUGAUAGUUUAAACUGGUGAGAGGGGGUAGGUGUGAGCUGAGCAGCUGGAGAAGCAUCUCUGUUUUUACAGUUAUUCACAGUAAUGAUUCUUUUGACUGUCAAAUACCAGAAGAUUUAAACUGAGCAAGAAGAGGACAGGAUAAACGAAGACUGCUUUGUCCAUAAGGGGGUACCAGACUUGACACAAACCAAAUGUUCUUACAGGAGCUUUAACUGUAUUAUUUGUGAUUUCUUCACUUUUCUGCUGCAGUAAUUGAGUAUUUUUAAUAACAAUUAUUUUUUUACUGGCAAAUACCACUAGAUUUUACUCAAGCGAGAAGAGGGCAAAAUAAGCAAAGACUGUUUGUCCACGGGGGGGUGCCAAACUUGACACAAACCAAAAGUUCCUUACAGGAGCUUUAACAGUAUCAUUUGUUGCUUCUUCACUUUUCUGCUGCAGUGAUUGAGUAUCCUCCAUUACAAUGAUUCUUUUGACUGUUAAAAACUAAAAAGCACUAUUUAAGCAAGAAGAGGUCAAGAUAAGCAAAGUCUCCUUUGUCCACAAGGGGGUGCCUAACUUGACACAAACCAAAACUUCCUUACAGGAGCUUUAACAGUAUUAUUUGUGGUUUCUUCACUUUUUUGCUGCAGUAAUUUAGUGUCCUUCAUCUUGAGCAAACAUUUUUAGAAAUUUUUGAGCGAUGAAGGGAUCAUUUCUGUAGGAGCCAAAAUAUAUUUGUUGAGGAUCUUAUUUCUACUAGGUAUGUCACCUCCGGGAUCGACACUGAGGGGUGUGGUUUUGGGAUGUUUUGCGGUUUAUUUAAAAACACUGGUGUAGUCAGAUACAAUGGGUUUUGCCUUCUACCCUCAUUUUCAUCAUAUCACUUUUUCAUUUGAAGGCAAAGUUUUGGACCUGGAUCAGUGUGUUUUCUUGUCUGUUUGAACAAUAAAUCACCUUUUAACGCUCAACCGGACUGAUGAACUAACAAGUCUUACAUGCAAGCGCACUUUAACACCAGCGGCCUUUUUGUUGAAGGAAAGCAGUCGAUACAUUUCUAUUAAAUUUAAUGUUGACAGACACUUACGAGCCACUGCAAGUUAUUCGUCUUUUGCUGGGAUUUAGGACAGGAUGCUGAAUAAAGUCUGAUUGUCUUUGUCCGUAUGCUGCCUCUUCAAAGAUCUCCAUUUUUGUUUCACUCAUUUACUGAAGCUGAACAAACUGUAAUCAGAGCAGCACAUCUCGCCCUCCAUUGUAGCUUUAUAAACUUUACUCUCGACUCGUGUUCUUCAGAAGUAUCGCCGUAACGGGGAUAAUCAUUUUAUUCAAUUAAGUUCAUCUUUCAGCUCAGAUACACAUGAUCACCCCAUGAAACACGCUACAAGUCGAUGUUUUACAUUAGCGAGAGUGAGAACAAACUUCAUCAGACACACAGCGAUGUCGAGACACGUUACACAAGAAGACAGUGAAGAGUUUAUUGGAGCUGAAUCUCAAGACUGCACAGAAAAAACACAGACAGUACGAAGGUCAAGGAUUCAUCUGAACAUGACGAGUGUCUCGACGCUCUAUAGGGUUCGUCUGUGUUUGUGGUGCAGGUGAACUGACGAGGAUGUCGAGGAUUGUGACGCAGACAAAGAUUCUUUUAUUACAUCUCAAUUAUUGUGGACUACCAAGACCCUCUCCUACUUUAUCUCUGGGGAUGUAAUAGUCUAGACCUGUCUUUAAGCAACAUUUUCCCAAAUUCAUACAUCCGCAUUUGAAAAUAUGGACCUGGUUGGCCCUAUUAGCCCCCCGAAAAUGUCCAAAAGCAUCCCGACUAAACUCAUGUUAUUUGUGGAUAGCUGUAACAGGAAGUGUCACGGUACUUUUCCACCAACUUCGAGCAGAAAUCUGUACAUUUGUUCCUCUUUCCCACUUCUUUCAUGGAUACUGAGAAUGAAAAUAAGAUUGAGAUAAUAACUCAUUUUGUGCUCUCUCUCUCUCUCUCUCUCUUCUUUCAGCUGCCCUGGAAGUCCCUGACGAGUAUUAUUGAGUAUUACUACAUGUGGAAGACCACAGACAGAUAUGUACAGCAGGUAAAGACAAACUUUAGGGCCUUAUUGUGCUUUAUUUUCAUCUUUCUAUAUAGCGCACUGUUCGAACCUUCCAACAAAACCUCUUUUGAGUUCUUUUUCCUAACAGUUUGGGUUCGAUUUAAGCUCUCGUUCUGGCAAAUAUCCACCGUAUUAAAGUAUUUUUUAUUUGAAGGAUACCUUUAAAUUAAAAAGUUGUUAGAUUGUCUAAUGAAAUGCUUUUUUUUAAAUUAAAACUCGGGCUCUCUUCUAAUUACACUCGGAAACAUCCCCGAGACUUUGCUAAAAUCUGUUAAAUCCACAUGAGACUCAAACUUCUUUCCUAAAAUGCUUAUUAUCCUUAAAUGGUGUUGUUGGAGCUAACUCCUCUAAUCACACCCUCCUCUCCUCUACCUCUGUCUCCUCUCCAGAAACGAUUAAAAGCGGCCGAGGCAGAGAGCAAGUUGAAGCAAGUCUACAUCCCUAACUAGUGAGUACCUCUGUACGAGUGGAAAAUAUCUGAUUGAAACAUGUUCACCAGAGAGAUCAUUUGUACGACUCUCUGUCAUCUGAAUACGCUGAGAUAUCUCUGGAGUAUUAAAGUUGGACAUCUGCUGCUUUAAUUAAAACACAAACCCCUCUUUCAUUUCUAUGACAGCUCUCCGUACAGUAUCUGUGUGACUGCUGACUCACGCUGCACACUGAUGAAUGUUAUCUUUUCUCUUGGGCCUGUAUUAUAUGUGCCGCUCUCACCCUUUCCUCUGUUUGCGCGCCCUCCACAGUAACAAGCCAAACCCCAACCAGCUGAGUAACAAUAUAAAACCAGCUCUGGUGAAUGGAGCAGCGGGAGCAGCGGGUGCAGUGGUCCCAGGAGCUCCAGGCGCAGGGCAGACCCCCGGCCUGGGCAGGGCCUGUGAGAGCUGCUACAGUAAGUCUGUCUUUGUUUCUUUUCUCUCUCUCUUUCUGUCAGUGUUUGGAUCCUCUUUAGUUCCAGUGUUAGCAGUGACUAUUCUCCAACACAGAUUCAGUCAUACAGAUUUACACUGAAGAAAAAACCUUAAUAGCUGUGGUAAACACAUGAGGAACAUUAACAAUAGGUUGGCUGUGUAGAGGAGUUUUGAAGUGUCCUGGUUAUCUUUACCAUGAAAUAGUAGGGUGUGAAUAGGGCUGGGCGAUAAACCAAAAAUUUACUGAUAGAGAGAUGACUUAGUGUCACUGAAUGAUUGCAAAGAUUCAAAAUACUCAGAGUGGGAUGUUCAUGUUGGCGUUCACAUUCAUUCACAAGGGAUGACGAGAAGAAGCUUUUAGGAGCCUCAAGAUGAUGGUUAAUUGGUGCUGCAACCGCCUCCACCUGACCACCACCGCCUAAGAGAGGAGCGUCCCUGUCUGACCGUUUUCACUACUUAACUAUUCUUCUGUUCUUUCAUUCAGAAAAAGUGUGAAAAGUGAAAUUUCAAAAUAAAAGCAUGAUUUUACAAAACAGGACAUAAAAGUAGGAAAAUUGCCAUCAUAAAAAUAUCAUAAAUUAUUGUGUCAUAUUCUAUAUUGAGAACAUAUAUACAAUUAUAGUUAAGACAGCUGCAUCUAUUAGUAUGUUUCUGAAGUAGGGCUGUGCGAUAAACCGAAAAUUUACCGAUACCGAAAUUUACGACAACAACUGACAUCAUUUUGCCCCGUAUAUUCGGUGUCAAAUACAUAAAUAGAAGUCUGUUUUGGAUGUGUGUUGGUAGGCUUUGGUCUCAUGUCCCUUUAAAACACAGUCCUACGUCAGGGGAGUGACUCCACCCCAUCUAGUCUGUAACAAAGAGGUAAAGACAGGUGAGGAGAUGGAGGAUGGUUCUUAAGUUGUAGCAGCUGAAGCAGCAGCUGAAGUAGACGAAGUUAAUGUAGGAGGGGGUGAGCAGCUUGUGGAGUAGUUAUCGUCCAUUUAUCGUAAUUGAGGUGAACUGCUCAGUAUAAUGUGAUUUUCGGCAUAAGAAGAAAUAUACUAGUUAGGAGCAGAUACAUCUAAACUAAGAUAUAUUAACGUGACAACAAAUAAACCUGUGUAGAUAUGUACUCAGGUGGCUGCUUAUGUACCUGGGCUAAUAUAUACUUAAGUGGCAGCUUAUAUACCUGGGUAGAAAUCUACUCAGGUGUUAGAAAAUAUACCUUUGCAGAAUUUUACUGAGGUAGCUGUGAUUAUACCUGAGAUGGCAGCAAACACAGCUCAGCAGAAAUGAACUCAGGCUGCAGCAAAUCUACCUGGGCAGUAGUAUGAAAAAAAAAAAACGAUUUCUUUGUGUUUCUUUAUCUCACUCUCCUCUCUCUGUCCAUGUGUUUUUGUAGCCAGCAGCUCCUUCCAGUGGUACUCGUGGGGUCCCCCCAACAUGCAGUGCCGUCUGUGCGCUUCAUGCUGGACCUACUGGAAGAAAUACGGCGGGCUGAAGAUGCCCACGAGACUGGAUGGAGAGAGGCCUGGACCCAACCGCAACAACCUGGUACUUCCUUAUUCUGCGAAACAACAGCCUCGCUCUCGCCCAGAAGCUUUUCUUCAUCCUCCAUCCUCUGAAGGAAACUCUUUUCUUCUUGUUUUUGUGAAACUUUAACCUCUAGUCCUUUCAUUUACAGUCAUUUCUGAAGGAACAAUCCGCUCGUUUAGGCCAAUUGUGUUGAAUUGUCGUCAUUGUUGACACCGCUGCUGUUUGCAGAGCACUUAUCAUGACACACAACCACCCUCACCGACCUGAGCUUCAUUCCACCUCCCUUUGGCUGCACAUACAGACAUCCCAUCUGCCAAAACAAAAAAACUUUUGGAGGAGUUUGGUGCCCUCAGCUAAAACCGCUAUUGUACACGGCCUUUCCUGGGCACACUAUAAAAGACUGGAGUUGUAAUGUUUGCGUUUGUUUGUACCUUGGUUUGAAGUUAUUUUUGCGGCGAGACUUUGAAAAUAGAAAUUUCCCCCCGUAGAUUAAAUCACAAAGUUUGUUUACAAUAGCUCCCAGCUAGAAAACCCUGCGUCAGCCAGGAGCAAAUUGGAGUAAAAGUGAGUUUUUUGUUUUGGGAGGGAGGCAUAAAUCUAGGGGAAAUGUUUCAGGCCAGUGGUACCUGAUGUUGAAGUGUAGGUUUUCACAGAUUUAACUGUUCUUCGUUUGUUCCAGAGCCCACACGGCCUGCCCCUGCGGCACAGCGGCAGCCCCAAGUUUGCGGUGAAGACGCGACAGGCUUUCUACCUGCAGACCACCGGCCUGACGCGGAUGGCGCGCCGCAUCUGUCAGGACAUCAUCAGGCCGCGAUACCUGGCCAGGCACCCCUACCUCCCUGUCAACACAGCAGCCAUCAAAGCCGAAUGUAAACUCACUCAGACUACCGUUUCACGUGAAAAAACUUAAAAGCGAUCGUGUUGUUGUCCUGUCUUUUAACAUCCUCACUGAAUCUCUCUCCAGGCGCCCUCCGGUUGCCAGAUGGGCCGAAAAAGCCUCUGUCACUGAAACCUGUGGAACGUAAACCUCUGGAGUCUGUGGUUCGGUAUUUAGGUAAGAAGAAGCCGAUCACAAAAAUCAUGCUUGAUGAGAUUCUCAGACUUUUUAUACAGCAGCAACAUCGGGUUGUUGUUUGGUUUUAAGGGGAUUCUCUACUUUUCAGUAACCCUUUCUUUUAUGGUACACUUAUUACCAGGUAAUUAACAGGUAAUUACCUAGUAACAACAUGAAAAUCUCUGGUAAUAACAUGAUAACUACUAAGUCAAUACUGUCUUGCUACCAGGUAGGUAACCUUCCGUCAUCGUACAAAUUUGAAGCCGAAUUGCUCUGGUAUUUCCAGGAUUUCCUCCACUUCUUGGAACCACCACUUGCGCAGUAGCAUUGUACGCAUUAGGCGGGUGAGUCGCUGUGAUAAUGCUCGGCUCAAACAGCGAAUCGCUACGCAAUCUUCGCACGCCCAUAGGCUGUAUCAAGUGUCAAUCACAGAAAAUAAGAACCCCAAAUAGCUUUUGAAAAUGGAGCUGCACAGAAAAAAAAACUUAGUAGUUAUCAUGUAAUUACCAGAUAAUUUCAUGUUGUUACUAGGUAAUUACCUGUUAAUUACCUGGUAAUAAGUGUACCGUAAAAGAAAGCUUUUCCGUUAAUCCCUUCAGUGUUUCCUCUGUCAACAGGAGCAACAUUAAAAGCAUUUUGACCGUUUAGUUAAUCUCAAAUAAAAUCUUUUCACUUCCUUCUCUGCAGAAGCACAUCCCCGUCCAGCCAAACCCGAUCCCCCGGCUCGUGGAGGGUCCAUCUCUACAGGCAGCCUGACGCCCAUAAAGUCCUCCCCCAUCCUCAACAACGGUUCUCCCACCAUCCUGGGCAAACGCACCUACGAACAGCACAACGGGCUGGACGGUGAGCGCUCGGAGAGGUUUGAUUUCUGAGCUCCAGAGUGUUUUUAACUUUCGCUGAGCUGCACUCGCUGAAUCAUCUCGACUUUUUUGCCUCGUGUUUAUCCUGCUCUUCUCUUCGGUUUGUAAUUCCCACGGUUUUUUGUUGUACAAAGUUCUGCACACUCGGUUAAAGAUCCCUGCCGCGGUUAAACACGAGGGUGAUAUAAAAUGUAAAAAACAAACAUUUUGUACCGAAGGAUACAAAAGGCUGAAAUGCAGUGUUUUUUCAUUUUUUUUAUGUGUUUAGAUUUACGAAAACAUUUGUUUUUAGGUCAGUUUUUCAUGUGUGACUAUAAUAAUGUUGUUGCCCUCAGUUUUUAUCGACAUUUAACCCCACAAGCAACAUUCAAGCAGGAAUAUCUCUGAAUAUGCACUUAAUAUUGAUUAUUUUAAUAUUUGAGGAUGAUAUAGCGGCUACACAACACUCGAUGGCUACACAACCCAGAUAAUAUCCACUACCGUUGGGUUAAGAGUUUGUGCGGGGCUCUUUAUUUUUUUGGGUUACGUCCCACUUUCCCCGCUCCCCCGUGGAACCAGAGAGGGGAAGAGACAGACUGAGAGAUCAAGAAGAGUGCGAGUACACCCGAGAAAGACACAGAGGAGAGAGAGAGAGAGAGAGACUGCGGGAGGAUUCGGAUCAGGCUCGGCUGCUUUAGCUGGAGGCUACAGUCUAUGUUGUCAUGGUAACAGUAGAGAGGGAGAGGAGGAUGAGGAGAGAGGGGGGCUCGGUAAGUGUAUCCUGAGGGAGAGCAUCUUGUGAGCCCACCGCAGGCCCAGGCUGGGAUAACACAGCGGGCUGGAUCGAGUGUUCGAGAUGAGUUUAUUUACCAACAAAUUGAUCACCUGAGAGGAUGAUGAAACGCUAUACCUAAGAGGUCAAAGGUCAGCUCCACCGUGACAAAAUAGUUCACACUUCUGGCAGUUUUUCGAUAAUAAAACUUAGAAAGAAAAAGGAGGAUUGUCUGUGCCACCUGGUUCUCAUUUUAAAAUCUUAUUUAUCUUGUACUGGCAUCUAUCAAAACUCUCAUUUCAGCGGCCUCUACCUAAAACUCUUUGUUUUCCACUGAUAUAGAGUUCGAUUAGGCAUAAGGGUGUUACUUUUUACACAGCUUUAUCACCCUGUAACAUUAUAUUUAUGCAUUUGGUGGUGAGGCACAAAUCUGGUUUAUUAGGCCACAUAGACUAAAUUUCAAGCGAAGGUCCUUUUAUUGUUUUGUUUUUUUGCUUCUAUGUUUAUUCAAAAUCUGUUUAUUUGUUUGUUUUAGUUGAAAAUAUUCACUGUAACCUUAUUUGUAUGAGCUGAUCCUGAGCUCAAAUAGAAACAAGUCAUAUGUGGCCACCAGGGGGCAGAAGACUUUAUCAUUUCCUGGUGAGUGUGUAAGCAGUAUCAUGUCUCCUCUCUCUCUCGCCUCUGCAGGCUCCAAAUCUAAAGGCCUGACCCCCCAGUGGGACAUCAUGGCCAAACGGAUGAGUGAGGGGGGCCGGCCCUCGGUCUCCCUGCAGGAUGAGGUUCACGAACUGGACUGA